GCAGCAGUGGCAGUUCUCGGCCACCGUAUAACACCACCAAAUAUACAUAUAUAUCAUUAAAAUUUACAUUUUCACACCAGCAUGUAUCGCAAUUUCAUUCAAGGGGUCCAACUUAUUGGUAUAAUUCCAGUUUACUACACAUUUAGGUAGAUGUUUCGCAAACAAUGAGCAUUUUUUUGUAUUACAUGUAUGUGUGUUAACAUUGCUAGGACAAGUGUUCCUUCAGCUGUUCUUAAAUGUUUACCAGAAACAUUUAUUGUGUUGAAAUGUGGUAUUUGUGGUAUGAGAAUCGCGUCUUCAAGAAGUUUUCCCUGCAGCAGCAGCAGCAGGUGGUGUAAACAGGCCCAGGUGGCAGCGGCAUGGCUGGUUGGUUGCCUGGUCCGCACACACAGACAGACAGACAGACAGACAGAAAGACGAACAGACAGACAGACACUCGGUCAGUCAGGCAGGCAGGCGGACGGACAGUGGUCAUGCCAUUUUCCAUGUGCCUUGCUCGGGGCGAGUUAGCGCCCCACCAGCAGAGAGAGCAGCUAUUUUGAAAGUGACCCCUCAUUCAGGCAGCGACUGUGCAGCUGUCAGGAACCAUGACUGAAGAUGACGGAUUCUGUUGUCGUGGAGGGAUAUGCCAGACUCAGAGAUGGAAAAAAGGUGCUAUGCUUCACUAAAUAUGCUGAUGGAUACGACAGAGUACCUCAGCAAACUUUCAUCCGAGCUUAAAAACUUUCUCUGUACUUUUGUUUACCUCCACAGUGGAAAACUAGGUGGCUCGUUCUCCGAAAGCCGUCGCCUGUAGCAGGUAAAAUCACCGACUCGUUCACGUUUCACUUUGGUUUUUCUGUUAAGUUAUAAUAUGAGGCACUUUACUUCAGCGUGUAAACAAAUAAAUGCGCAUGUUCGCUGCGUCACAGUGGAGAAGCUGGCAUAUCAGGUGGAAGCGUGCGCGUGCCUUUACAUGUUUCCACGGUUUCUUCACUGUUGGUGUGUUUCUUUUCUUCAAGUUAUCGGCACAAUAUCGGUACUGGUAGAAAAAUGAACCUGAUAAUUUUUGAACUUGAAUACUCUCAACAACUGUCCUUUCAGUGUGAUGAAAUUUGGAGGUUUAAGCAGGCCUGUAAUGCUAUCAGUAUUUGUACUGGUAUGUCCAUGAUAAGUUGAAUAAUAUUGGCAUAUUGGAUAUUGGCAAAGUCCAAUAGUUUGCAUCUCUUGAAUAUUGGGAGAAAGGAUUUUAAAGUCCAUAAAGUGAAGAUGCUAACUAUUGCUAUUUAAAGGGAUAUUCCGGCGUAAAAUUAAUUUAGGGUCAAAUACACAUAACACCGAGUUAGACUCCCCCUCGAGAGAUGAAUGUUGGUGACCGCUUGCUUCUCUAGUUAUACCAACUUUAGUAACGACCGCAGGAUAGCAAUACACAACGGUCUCAGGAGCCAUAAACAAACCUCAACCAAAACGCCACUCUAUAGCCACAAAAAAUGCUCAGAACCGAAGAACAGCACCUAACUUUAUUAACAGUAGAUAUAGAGUCCUAGCCAUAGCACUAGCCACCAAACAUCUUUUAGCUUUGCCUGAUUUCAUUAGAAAAGAGACUAAACACCACUCACCUACUCUCUUCCAGCAGCCGCUUGUUUGUGCGGAGACAUCCUGGCAAGUCCAUUGACUGCAGCGGAGUUUCACAGCUCAAGGAAGAACAUUUAUGAUCAUUACGAUUUAUGAUUAAGAUGCCAAGGCAGAAGAAUUACCGCGUCUGCAGUGCACAAUGAUUAUUAUGAUGAUUAUUAUGAUGAUAAAGAAAUGAUCAUAAAUGUUCUUCCUUGAGCUGUGACACCCCACAGCAGUCCGUAAUGGACUGGCCCAAGGUCUCGCUACAAACAAGCAGCUGCUGGAAGAGAGUAGGUGAGUUGUGUUUAGUCUCCUUGCUAAAGAAAUUAGGCAAAGUUAAAAAGAUAUUUGGUGGCUAGUGCUGUGACUGGGACCCUCUAUGUACUGUUGAUGAAGCUAGGUGCUGUUCUGAGCAUUAUUUGUGGUUAUAGAGUGGCGUUUUGGUUGAGCGUGUGGCUCUCUGUAUUGCUAUCCUGCAGUUGUUACUAAAGUUGGUAUAACUAGAGAAGUAACAACAUUCAUCUCUCGACGGGGUGUCUGACUCGGUGUUACGGUGUGUUUGACCCUAAAUUAAUUUCAGGGCGGAAUAUCCCUUUAAGAAGUAAGCGUUACUAUUUCUGUUUUGACAUUGAGCCUUUGUGCUCUGUUGGGCCUUGAAUGUCUCAUGCUGAGAAUUUUUUUCUGGUUUACAGACUCUGAUCUUAAAUCUAAUCUUUUGAAAAGCAUCUCUGAGCGUAAUUUCACAUGUUAGGAAUGUUAUUGACCCAACACGGACCUUGUAAUACACAAAAGACUGAUAGUCAGAGCCCUGCUGUAUUUUUAGAUGCACCCUGAAAGUGCUCUUAGUUAAUGUGACAGAAUAACAAGUAUGCUAGCCUGAUGUUAACUCAUCCAACCCUUGUAUCGCAGGUGACCUCUGACCUUUUUGAGCUGGAAUAAUAAUAAGUAGUUCGCUUUGAUGAAGUGGCGAUAUUGCGUUACAGAGGCAUGUUUCUGUGGAUAGAUGGUGGUCUGCUUAACAUGCUCCACAAGCUAGACCGAGGUUGAGUGCUGCUCAUCUCCAGACCUUUGAUGCGAUGUUAUCACAGCUGUCUGCGCUCAUGCUUGAGUUAUUUGGGUUAAGAGGUGUGUGAAGGAGAGGGAUGCAGACACACAAACACACAGUCUUGUUUUGUCAGUUGACACUGAUUGUUUAAAGGUGCCAGAAGACAGCUACUGCAUGACAAGAUACAUCCUAUUAGUAUUCAACUGUCUCUGUCUCUCCGCCAGAUUGCCUGGUGCUGCUGGUUUUUAAAGACAAGUCCGACAAAGUCCAGGGGAACAAGGAGAAGGCCAGCGUCACCUUGGAGGAGAUCUGCGGUCUCGAGGUGGGACAGUGGUAUGAAGGCGUGGCUUUUACCCUCGCCAUCCUCUGCUUGAACCAGGCUGCGCUGCUGGGCUUCGACAGCAGGGAGGCGCUGCAGGCGUGGGACAUCCGCCUGCGAUACAGCCUUGGAGAAGGUAAGGAAGAAGUCGGAUUUUCUGUUCUCUUGAAGACAAAUACGUCUACAGCUUUCAGUAACAAAUAGCGACAAAGUUUAUGUGUCAACAAAAGUAUAAACAACUGUAAUUGCAGAGUUUUCAAGGUUUUUGUUUAAUACAAUUCACAAAUGGCUUUGAAAGAAAACUAUUUUCCUGAAUGUCCUGAGGGCCACAGCAGCAAAACUCUGUCACCCCGGGGUCUUAUUUUUGAUUAAGAAAAUUUCAGUACACCCUGAACAAAUGACCUCAGGAACCUUGCCAGAGGAAUAAAUCCUGGGAGCUGAUUUAUCAAAGCCCUGCAGGUGCAGCAGCAGCAUUUGGAGUUAAUUUCUGUGUUUCACCUGCAGGAGACAGGAUAAGAGUUCUGCUACAGCAUUUCAGGAUAAGCAGCAGUUUAAUGAUUUAUUAAAGAAACAGGACGUCAUGGUGUAGAAGUCCAGAGGUACAACAAAAGCUUGACUCCAAAUUGAGGACAUGAUCUAGAAAUACUUCAGAAGUUUCAAAACAAGAAGAUUGAACUUAUUGUUAAAGAUUUGUAUACUGAUCAAAAGAGUCUUCACAUAACAGAGUGGGGAGAAGAUAUAUCUGCAAGCGAUGAUGAAUCAAAGCUGUUUUUGUACACAGAGAGACGUGUGCUGAACUUUAAUUAAGGUUAUGAAUGUUUUUAUUAAGAUGCUCUGGGCCUUUAGGAGUUUUCCAAUGAAAAGCAAAAUGAAAAAACAAGUGAUGUUGCACAUUUCAAACAUCAAAAAGUAAAAUACGAGUGAUACAAACCUGAGGGCUCGUAGAAAAAAAGGAAAGCCAGUUUUGUUGUUGUGAACUUUCCUUAAAAUCUACAACAAAAUCUGCAUCAGUCUGUCUCAUCUUUCUGCUUUGUCCUGCAUCUAAAUUUCUUCAAUAACUUUGUACCAAAUGUCUUUUUAUUCUUCUAAAAGAUAUUCUAAAAGUUGUGUAAAUUAAAAACAGCGUCUGGUUUUAAUUUGUUGGAAUAUUAACACUUUCGCAACUCUUUGACAUUGUAAGCAAACAGAGCUUCGAUUUCCUGACUUCCCUUAAAUGCAUCCUAAAUGAUUGCUCUGAUCCUAACAAGCUCUUAAAGCACUUAAAAAAGAUGUGAUGGACGAAGAUGUGAGAGUGUUUAUUCUGCAGACAUGCCUGGAGUGUUGAGUUUCUCUUUGCUUCUUAAUCUGAACUCGUGGCUGUUCCUCAAGUUUCUGCCUGGACUCACUCGCUGACUGACUAAAUAGGCUCUCGUCAACCAUCCCUGAAAAUCUCAGAGACGCUUGUCCUUUACGUCUCUUACUCAGAACGACUGAAGGAACAGAUUUAUCACGCCUUGAAACUCUAAAUGCAAAGCUUGAAAUCGAGUUUGAAGACAGUUUGAUUGACGUGUACCCAGCAUGAUCUACAGUUAUGUAAGUGUUAAACAUAAAGGAGCUAUUUAUAGCUUUGUACUGUACAGCUGCAGGCUGCGGUCCAGAACUCACUAAUGACAGUGCGAUGAGACGUGAUUGUGAGGAUAAGGACAUGGUGCUAAAGACAAAUUGCAGCGCUCUUGUUCCUUCCAAACUGGCGUGUGUGCCGGCAUGUGUGUUUGAAAGAGUGUGUAUUGUUAGUGUGUGUUUGUUUGUGUGGCCCAAAGCUUAAUAGCAUAGAGUGGAGUGUGUCCAAACCAGAAAAAUGUCACCUGCCAGCCCGGGCUGAGGGCCACAGUGCACAGCAGAGCUUUUGUAAAUGUGUGUGUGUGUGUCUGUGUGUGUUUGAGAUAGUGGAUAAAUCUUUCUUAACCUGAGUGAUGACUUGAUGCAGCUGGAAGACAUUUCCUCCUGAUCGCCUCCAUCAAUCUCAGAGGAUGAAGUCUGUUUGAGGAAGUGAAAUUGUUCGGUUAAAUACAGCUGGAAGACACGUCACACAAACUCACAAACAUUAUUCUCAUGUUUGACUUCGAUUUAAGCGCUUUUAUUAAGUUACACAGAUGGUAGUGAUGGGUUCAGAUUGAUUGCAUCAGGCUUCAGAUCCGAGUCGUCCUUUUUUUUCUGGCUGGUUUCAUUUUCCCCCCCUGUGCAGCUGUUUCUCCUUUUAUUGGUGAAUGAAAAGGAAUCUGUGCUGAGGUCAUCGUUAAAUCAGGCACACAGUGUUUUCUGUCCAGACAAGUCCAACUGCAGCUAUUUUCAAUCUGGACUCCCCUCUUCCUCGUCAAUCUGACCAGAACUCUGGUGGUUUGCUGACUCAAAGUGUACCAUACAAGUCCAAAUAAAGAGUAAUUACACUGAAUCCAAUCACACAUUCGCAUGCCUAUCUUGAUGCCAGGGCCAUUGCAUUAAACUGUUAUUGAUAAUAUUGUUAGAAAAAAAGAAAUAUUGCUUAGAGAUGGACUAAUUAAUUGGUUUGGCUGGUACUUAAAAGUUUCAAGGAGUAUUGUGUGAUUCAUUUCAAAAUAAAAGCAUAAAAGCAACCAAAACACAGUAAAACAGUAAAAAUGUAAUUGAAGUUGAACAAAAAUAACUUUAAUGAGGCUUGAAGAUUGUUAGUGCAAUAAUAGUAGAUACCACCAAUAGUAGUACCAUGGGGGGGGGGGGGAGAAAAAAUCGAUACAGCAUAGUAUCGUGAUAUUUUGUUUGGUGAUAUAUCGUAUUGUCUCAUUUACCAAGUAUCGAUUUUAAUUGCUAAUAUUAAGUCAAAUCUAUGAUGAUAAAAAAUAAAAUUAACUGUUUGUCCAGUGAGGUUGGCAGAAGUGAAAUCAUAGAGCAGGAGAAAGUUGGUAAAACAGAUAUAUAUAUAUAUAUAUAUAUAUAUAUAUAUAUAUAUAUAUAUAUACAGUAUAUAUAUAUAUGUAUGUAUACAAGGUUUGCAAGAUGUGCUACAUGUGAAUAAAAUUCAGCGUAAAUAAGACAAACAUAAAAGAAAGACAAAUCCUAAAUUGGCUAAAAAGUUGAAAAAAUUAUAUAAAUCGUAAUAUAUUGUAUCGCAAUACUUACUGUAUUGCAAAGUGUUAAAAAUCACAAUAGUAUGGUAUCGUAGAUCAAGUAUUGUGAUAAUAUCAUAUUGUGGGGCCACUAGUGAUUCCCACCCCCAGCUACCAUCAUUUUCUUUGAACUUGAGUUGUUGCAAAACACUGGUAUUGAUGAUAUCCACCUCUUUAAAAAAUAAAAUAAUGAUAUUGUGAUAUUUAUCUGUUUUUUGACUGAAAUAAAGUAACUGGAACCGAAGGUAGAAGAAACUUUCAAAAUAAAAGCAUAAAAACUAAUUAUAUAAUGAGGUAAUGUUGUUUUUUAGUCACAGGGCAGAUGUUAAAACAUAAAUUUGAGUUUUAUUUAAAAAGGAUGAUGACAUGUGAGUUAAUUGUGUUUAUUGGUAAAGUGUGGCCACACGGCGAACAGCAACAGUCAGUAAAAUCAUCCACACAAAAAGUUUUGAAAUAUAAACGACUACACUGAUGAGAUUGUGUUAAAAUACAGAGUCAACGAACAAAUUCUCUGCUUUUCUUUGUCCUCCUCAUUGCUUUCCGCGUUUACAGUUCACAGAUUCAGUGUUGGAGUCUUACCAGGGACCAAGUUGGAGAGCGGACCUGCAACUCUUCAUUUGUGCAACAGCUUACUGGCUCUGGCCCGGGAUGUCCCUCCUGUCAUUAUAGGCCACUGGAACCUUCCAGACCUGCGCAGAUAUGGACCCGUACCCAACGGGUUUGUGUUCGAAGGAGGAACAAGAUGCGGUUACUGUAAGUUUUUGUCUUUAGCUUGUUUGGUGUGUUUAUUUUAGGAACAAUGGCCUUUUUUGCUGUUAUGAUGCUCCUAAAACUGGUGUUAAAUGUCUGGCAGAUGGUCCCUGAAGGCAUCAAGAUAAUUAGUUAUUAGUGUGAGGCGCACACUUUGUGCUAGGGGAGCAUAAAGGGGGAACUAAAGAGCUAUAAAAACAGUUCUGAGACUAAUCAGACUUGGAUGUUUACUAAAAAGAAGAAAUGGGAGGUCAGGAAAUUAAAGCAUCCUCUACAAAAGGAGAAAAUAAACAAAACCAGGUUAAAGUUACAAAAGUAAGAGGACACGAAACCCAAUGCGAUGCUACAAAUUAAUCAGAAAAAUAUGGUUUUGAGAAGAACUAACAACCACAUCAAAUACUAACUUCAUCAUCUCAUGACAAGAGUGUCUCUUGUGUAAAAUCAGGCUUCAUUAUUAAAUACUAAGAGCUCAUAAAACCCCCAUGAGAGCGGUGUUUUGUUUAUGUCUCUUUCAAACAGACCAAAUAAUCACCAGCUGUGAUUUAGAUGAUUCAUCGCUUGCUUUUAUUCAGUGAUGUCUGUGAGCGAGACAAUCCUUUCUUACACAAUGGAAGCUCUACAGGCUGAUCGAAACAAGGAAAUAGUGAACACCGUUCCUCAUCCUGACUGUUUUUCAUGGUUUUACAUAGUUCUGUCUAAAUGAAAUCAUAACGCAGUACCUUAAAAUCCUGUUCAGUCAUUCAGAUAUUACUCUGCUCAAACCUAAAGAGAAAGUUGUGCUGCAUGGUUGAAAUACCUCUUUCUACAGGUUUGGUGUACCUGGAUAAAGGGAACACAGCUAAUGCACAAAGCCCGCUCACUUUUUACAGAUAUCCAUUCAAUAGUCGGCCACGACAGGAUAUGAAAAGGUGGAGCAAAUAAGAUAGUUAUCUGGUUGCCAAGGCACCUGUCAAAGAGUGGGAUAUUUUGUCUUCUAAGUUGAUCUGUUGAAAGCAAGAAAAUGGGAAAGUUUGAGGGUGUUGUGAUGGCUGUGUGACUGGGUCUUCUAGGGUGUUCUUGGUCUGUCUUGGUCUGUUCUUGGUCCACGGAAGGAGAACCGAUGAACCAGGCAUAUGGAUGGUAACAUUUGAGCACAUUGAUUUCAAAAUGCGGUUAUGAGAGCUGCUGUAAAAUUUGGCAGAGGAGGAUGGCAGCCCUGCAACAGCUGCAGCUGCAGUCGGUGUUGAUGGAGUCGUUUUCAGCUGCAGACGGUCAAAAGUUCAGCCUUUUGGACUUGAUUUGAUGCACAACGCUGAUGUGUUCGGCCAUGAAUGUUGUGUUCAUACCUGCCAACACUCCCGUUUUUCAGGGACUCUCCCAUAUUUCAGACCUAUCUCCCACCCACCUCCCGUGUUGUCAUUUCUCCUGGGAAUCUCUCGUAGUUUGAUGGUCCACGUUCAUUCAUGAAUCCGAUCACUAUAUUUGUCCAAAGUUGCCAGGCUUCCAGACAACUGAAGAUUGUCCUGUGUUUCUGCUGAGCCUCACAGACACUGGAUUGACACUUUUACUUUACAAUUUGGGAUGAUUCAGGUUUAAGCUGUGAACUAUAUUUAAGCAGCGUUUGUCACAAAAUGAACACUUCAAUAAAAGGGAAACAGAUGCGAGAUAUAAUAUUUACGUUGAUAGUCUUGCACCGUCUCGGAGUGAUGCGUUCAGGGCAGCCUCAGAUAAAAGAGAACAUGUAAAACGUAUGAGGACUUUAACACUAAUAUUAGUGGACUAGAUAAGUUCAAGGCAUAUCAUAGCAAAGGUAACCCCAAAACUGCCCGGAUUGUAUAGCCCAAAUGUUGGCAGGUAUGGUUGUAUUCCCCCUUGCAGGAAAUAUUUUGCAACAUAAAUUGCAUCUGGAUCAUCCAUAUCUUUCAUUUGGUCACUUUGGACCACCUCAGGCAUAGCUUUGACUCAAAGCACGUGCCGUAAGCUUGAUCAGGAGUUGACUGAGGAAAUGAUGAGGCUGCCAUCGCUGCUGCAGAGCACACAGAAAAGAUAUUUUUUUGCUUGUGUUGGCUUUUAAAGCUCUGGAGGGACUCUUUUUUUUUGGUGAAACUGCUCUUUUAAAUCUUCAAACUGGUUUGAUUUGCUGACAUUUUGCUUAGGCACACUUCAUCUUCAUCUCUCUGCUUGGACUGUGCUUUUAAUGUUUGCUGUCAUCGUGACGUAGUUCAGCUGAUUUAGCUGCUUUUAGUCAAACUAGCAGGUAGUUGUAGUCAUAUAUGUGCUCACGGUAGUACAUUUUAGAUGAAAUAAAGUUUUGGAGGGGCUGACAGUUUUGUAUAGAGAAGUUGUUCUUAACUCAGUUCGACCUUAACUGAACUCAUUUAUGUCUGUUGUUUUGGAGGAGGAUGUUUGGCAAUCAUAUAGAGGUGAAAUAUUAAUGUGAAUGUGUUUGAGAUCUGCAUACUUUGAGCUCUGGGCGAUGCGAGUGCAAUCACAUCCAAAUAUUAUUAGUAAAACUGACAGAGCAGGCUGUUAUUUGUGAUUUUAUUUACCAGCGUGAGUAAUGUGAAACAGAUGAUGUAAAAGGCUGCAGACCGUAUUUCUCUUGUCUUUGUUUGUUUGCUCUGAGUUGGUGAAUUGUGUUUUUAGAUAAACCAGCUGCUUCACGACAACAAGAAAAACCUGCAGCAGGAUAUGAUUCAGUCCGUUCACGAUGACUCCCGCUGUAGUAACAAUCCAGCUUCAUGCAUCACUCCUGGGAAGAUGCUUUUGAGUACGUGAGUUACACCUCAGCUCAGGUAGAGGCAUGUGUAUCCCUAAGAUACGGCGAAGCGCGGUUUACAUCUUGGAAUAGAGGCCAUUAAAGCCGACAUGGGGAAGGUGUCAACACGCAGACAUACAGCUGGAAAUCUGACACUCGAAAACGUGAUGUACGAGCUUCGUUAACGCUCCUGCAGUGGAUUCGCGUUAUUAAAAGGGUUUUCAUGUGUUCAUGUGACAUGUGAUUGCUCAACACAGUUCAUCAGAAGCAGAGGGAGAAGGUGUGAAGAGUGUCAGACCUUUCACUUCUGAUUAGAGCAGCUGUGGAGCUUCAGCUGCUUUUCCUGGUGAACUCUUAUCCAGGAUCCACUUAUUAGUCUGUCCUCAGAGGUUUUAUAUAUUCAGAAGGAGUUUUACAGGCAUCUUUGUCUUUGGUGUUCAGUGUAUGUGCCGUAUAAAGCGGACAAAUACAAGUUCGAUUAAUAAAUUAUUAAAACAGUUAAGUCCAAAUUAUCCAUUAUUGUUAUUAUGUAAUUUGUCUGUACAGCCAAUUAUUAAAAAAGAAAUAAAACUCCAAGAUAAACAUCAAAUGAAAAACAUCAUGAAUAAAACUGAUAUUUCAUGCACAUUAAAAUCAAAUAUUAAAGGUCAUGUUUUUAAUAGAUUUCUAAUUAAUUUAGGAAGUAUAACGGUGAUAUCAGCCCUGUGAGAGCUGAUGCUGUAAUAAUAAACAUAAUACAUGCUUAUUUUACUCUAAACUAAAGAUGUUUAAGUAUGUUUUCAUGUAUUUCCAGCAUGUAGAGAGUUACUGUUAUUUAACAGCACCUAAGCUGUUACUCAUGGAGUUUGUUUUACAUUUGGCUGGGAGUAGAUGUUAUUGAAAUCGUAAAUUGACUAAUAUCGCGACUAAAAAAGUCACUUCUGUGUUGGAGAAAGUGUUUCUUUGCGCUUAUCUGGGUGUUGGCACAGGUUUCCUUAAACAUCUUUGAAUUCCUCUCGCAUGUAAACAAAGAAUAGUGCGAGUUUGACCAAAAAAUGCUCCUCUUGCUGCAGAAACAAGAAAGGUCAUCUUAAACAGACUCAAAGUUGUUAACACGUCCCACAUUAACAACACAAUUCAAAGAGCUGCGCCUCUUUGUAUGGAUGUUGUUUUAUCUCUCUAUAGAAGAGAGAGCAGACGGCUCCUCCUGUUUUCUCACUUACACAGAAUCUUUACCAGGUUGUAACUGAAUAAACUCUGCCACCUGUUCUUUAUUUUGCUUUGUGUGUUUUUUUUAACUCCCCCCUUCUUGUAGCGCACCUGAUGUUCGGUCACUUGCUGUCAAACACAUGACAUGAAUAUGUGUGUUUUCAUCCGGAAAUGACAAGAUAUGACGUUAACCAAAGUAGUGACCGCGCCAGAGGACAGUAUGAGAUGAUGUACUUCUUAUUAGGGUCAAUAACAUAUCAAGACUUGGUCGCAGGUAUAUUUUCAAUUAGGACUAGUGCCGACCUUUGACCCCACUCACAGCCAGGAGAGUGUUGGAAUGUGAUUGAAGCCUGCGUUGAUACGGGUGGUCUCAGGGACAGGGUGACACUGCGACCCUUCCACUGGUGACACCUUGUGUUGGACAGCCAUUUGUUUUGUCUGAUGGAGGUCUGUGCUGCACCACCUUUGACCUUUAAAUUCCUGUAUCAACUAGGAUGAUAAUUCAAAUACAUGCAAUAGAGCGGGAAGAGGGAGUGAAGGAGACUGCAACCUACUCAAUAUACAUUGUCCUGCUUAUUGCACUGCUACUCAGCGAAUGAAUUAUGUUACACCAGAUAGAGAUUUGGAAAUGAUUCGAUUAAAGCUAUAUGGUUGAAAACAGUCUGUAACACUUCUGCUGUCUCCAUAGCAACCGUUACCUCUUGCCGCUCUGCAGAUGAGUAAACUAACUUGAGUGACAUGAAUUUAACUGAGCCGAGAAAUGAUUGCCAGGGGUUAUGAUCAGGGCUGUAUCCAUAGCAACGUGAGAUUAUCGAGAAAUAACAGACUGUUGUGAUGGGGUAUUGACCAAUGAAGACUCUUUCAAAGUGAUUGACAAAAGUAGAUCUUUACUUGUGCUACAAUAGUCAUGCAGUUUUGUUGUUAUAACAAUGUCAGCAUUCAUAACAUAAAGACAUUAUUAAAGCUACUAUGAGGAGUUUUUUUUGACGUUUAUGAAGUAUACUGAAACUCAUAUUGAUUACUUUUAAUGAUAUCCAUGAUAUCCAAAAACAACAUGAAAUCAUUAUUUUUUAUGUCUGCAACUGGUUCAGGGGGGGAAAGGCUGAGGAAACAGAUUUAAUUUGACAUUUUCCACAGAAGAUAUCCACAAUAAUGAUGCUUUUGACUGUAAAAAGUCACCAGGAUGAGAUAUUUUGUCAAGAGGCAGUACUGCCGCAUGUAGAGGACAAGACAAACAAAGACGGCUUUGUUUGUCUUGUCCAGGGGGGCGCCUAAAUUGAACCAAAAGUUCUUUGCAGGAGCUUUAAGUUUAUUAUGAGGCAAUAAACAAGAAUGAUGUUUAAUGUAAACAAAGGCCUCUCACUCAAUAUGUAAAUUUGCUUUUUAAAUGGAGGCAUGGGUUUAAUGGCCAUGCUUUCAUUAUGUUUUGAUGCAGUCAAAUGAAGCUAAAACCGGCUGUUAGCUACCCUAAGUUAAUUAAGCAGUGCUGUUUGGAUUCAGAAGAGACGCGUUUAAAACGCAGCAGAAGGAGCUCCAGAGUUAAAGCGUAUGAUAUUCAUUUAUAGCUCUCUAUACCAUGAUCACAGUACAGGCCUGUUGGAUUAGAUUAGAUUUAUUUAACUGUCCUCAUGGGGAGAUUUGUUCUGGACAGGGACAUAAGGCUCAGCACAUCUUUAUUUACUGUAAGGAACAACACCAGGACAGAAACCUGGGAUAUAACCCGGGCUAAGGUUACAUGUUUCUCUCAUGUUGUUCAGGGUUACUUUUGACAUCAUUGGCGCUAUAGAGUUGCAGUGGGAAAAAAUAACAAUAGGCCAGUAUUUAUCUUUGGGUUUGUACUCACAACGUUGGUUACGUGGCGAUUUUUAUUACUUUCCUUUCCUCUGUUUACUACCUUAAUCAUCACUUUUAGUUUCAUGGUAAAUUUGGCUUUAAUGUAACUGAAAUGUAUUUUUUCCCCUUAGUUUUAAGACAUGUUUAGUUUAUUGAUGAACCUUAAAAAUAUCUUAUUUGCAGCCCCACAAGAUAGCAGUCAUAUGAGAAUUUAGAUGACACCCACAGGAGGAGUAGAGUAACGUUCUGCUAAUUACUGUGCAUUUGGUCUCGGGUAUUUCAGUGCUGUAAUAAAUAACGUGACACUAAUAAAGUCUGCUUUCUACAGGGGCCGGGGUUUUUCUGCUGGCGUCUGCAGAGAGCGAGCAGAUCAGCUUUCUGUUCGACUGUAUCGUCCGAGGCAUCUCCCCCACCAGAGGCCCCUUUGGACUGCGGCCAGUUUUGCCAGGUCAGUAUGAGAGGUGUUCAAAACCCAACCGUGUGUCUGUGAGAAAAGAAAGAAUGAAGCUGUGUGGAUUUUUCCAGAAAGAUAGAUAGAGGGUGGAUUUUUUUUGUGAUGAUGUUUUGCUAAUUGGUGACUGAGUUGUUUCCAAGGUGUAUAAGCAAACACCAAAGUCAACACUGGCCAUUUAAAGUGUAGCAGACCUGGCACGGCUCCCCUCCUGCGCCUCCAGGGAUUUGUCCUCGCUUUUUAGGUGUGCUGCCUUCCUGGAAUCCGACUUUUUUUUGGCUGAAUGAGUCAGAGGCUUCCUCCGUCUGCUUUGAUGUGACUAAAUUAUGACUGACAGCUGUUUUUUUAACAUAAUUGGAUAAUCUGCAGUAGGAAUUUAUAGUUUAGUCAAAUCCUAACCCCUGCCUUGAGAGCACUGUGUUUGAUAUAAAGCGAAGGGUCAUCUUAGACACUGGUAAGAGGAUAUCUGCUGUACUCACCGUGAUUAAAGCAGCAGAUUUUGUUGUCGUUCAUGUACAGUUGAGGUUGUAGCGCUACUGUUGAGCACAAGCUGGCUGCUGGGCCGACUUCCAAACAGUCAUUAGAUGUCUCUUACUUGAAAACAGCAGGGUUGUCUGGCAAGAUAUCAAUUUGUCAAAGACAGUGAGGUUAGUCUUUUUAAUGAGCACACUGAGCUCCAGCAUGUCCGCCCUCAGCUCCUCUGUUCUCCUGACACCAUUUGUUAAAAGUUGGCAGCUUCUGUCAGUUUGUUAGCUAAAAAAUUCUCAUUUUAAAGCCCCUUCCUUGUUUUUUUUUUUGUUUGUUUUUUUAAGCAUUUUAACUUAUUUUUGUUCUAUCACUUCUUGGGAAAAUGAUGUAAAAUAAUUGAUUACCUUGAUCUUUCAUAGUACAUGAAGAGUUUUUGUGUCUAAUAGCCUCGUUUUGAUUUUCUGGGAAGCACUUUGGUUGAUUCUAGUUAGGCAAUUAUACCCCACUUUUUUAGCGGUGAUGCCAGGCAACUAAAGUUAGCUGCAAAUUGUUUAGUGUGGAAGUAUUUAUCAGCAGAUUGGACUAGAAAUUUUCCUCAGGAGUGUUGAAAUCUGAAAGUGGAAGAAAAAGUGGGUAAGAAAGUAAAAAGUAAGUACAAUUUAUAAAUAUAGCACCAAUCAAAACCUGAAGGACAAAGUGCUUUACAAAACAAAAUCAAAUUAUCGAAUUAUCAAUGUGAGUACAGUACAAACAAUAAAGAACCAUCCGGACAAAAACAAUGUCUGGAUCUAGUUCGGAGGAACUUAACAGUGGCCUGAAUUUAACUGGAAGCCAGUGAAUAAUAUGGGAACAGAAAGAGGUCUCAAUGAGAAGUCUUGCUCCAGAGUUUUGCAGAGUUAAUCACUACGGUUCAGAUAAAUCAUUAUUCAUCUCAGACAGGAAAAACCAACGAAUAACCAUUUCCAUCUGCUUGAAGGAUAACAGAGGGCGUAUUGUUCUGUCUGAGGUGAAAGUAGCAGGAUUGAACAACUAUCUUAUCAUGAUUGCCAAACUUCUUCUGGCAGUCAAAGGUAACCCAGAGGUUUCUGGCAGAGGAUUUGGCAUUUGUGGCUAAUGAACAAAGUUGUUGGAGGAUAUUGGUGGUUAUUUGGUUUGGGGCAAAAACCCAACAGUUCUGUCUUACUGUGAUUUAACUGGAGAAAACUGAAGGAACAUCCAGUUUCCCAUUCAGGCUCGAUAGUUGUGGAGAGUACAUGGAUAUAAGAGGUCAUCGGGUUUAACAGACAGAUAUAGCUGUGUAUCGUCAGCAUAGCAAUGGUAGGAAACACAGCCAAACUGAUGGAUCAGGUGACCUAAAGGGGGGGCAUGUUUAAAGAAAACAGAAUAGGUCCAAGAAUUGACCCCUGAGGCACCCCUCACACUGUCAGGACAGUUGGACAGUGUAGCCAUCGGGAAAAGCUAAACUAGCCUGAAGUGAAAAUAUAGGGAACAAACAACAUCUUAAAGGUAUAUUCGGGCGUAAAAUAAAGUUAGGGUCAAACAGUGUCGAGAGAUGAAUGUUGCGUCAUGAUCGCACGAUAGCAAUACAGAGAGCUGCGCGCUCAACUAAAACACCACUCUAUAGACACAAAUAAUGCUCAGAACAGCACCUAACUUCAUCAACAGUACAUAUAGGGUCAUAGCCACCAAACGUCUUUUUAACUUUGCCUAAUUUCUUUAGCAAAGGGAGUAAAUGCAACUCACCCACUCUCUUCCAGCAGCCGCUUGUUUGUACGAAGACCUUUAGGCAAGUCUAUUAUGGACUAAAGUGGGGUGACCCAGCUCAAGGAAGAACAUUUAUGAUCAUUACUUUAUCAUUCCCUUUAAGUAAUAAUCAUCAUAUUAAUCAUUUUGCACUAAAGACGCAGUAGUUCUUCUGCCUUAGCGUCUCGGUCUGAUUACAUUUCCAUGAAGAAAUGAUCAUAAAAGUUCCUCCUUGAGCUGCGUCACCCCGCUGUAGUCGAUGGACUCGCCCAGAGAUGUUUGGUGGCUAGUGCUGUGUCUAGGACCCUAUAUGUACUGUUGAUGAAGUUAGGUGCUGUUCUGAGCAUUAUUUGUGGCUUUAAAGUGGCGUUUUGGUUGAGCGUGUGGCUCUCUGUAUUGCUGUCCUGCGGUUGUUACUAAAGUUGGUAUAACUAGAGAAGCAAGCAGUUAGCAACAUUCAUCUCUCGACGGGGUGUCUAACUCAGUGUUGCGCUGUCUUUGACCCUAACUUAAUUUUACACCGUAAUAUCCCUUUAAGUGCUAACUUUAAGUGUGCUAGCUCUGCUGGAGUUAGACUGCAAACCAACUAUACCUGUAUACUCUGAUUUCUUAAGAAUUUUGUUGAAACAAUAAUGAAACGAGAUAUCGGCUUUACAGCUUGUCUCCACCGCCACAGUGUGUUUCAAAUAAAUCAUUAUCCCAGAUUCAGACAAAAGCAAAACAGAGAAAUAAUGUUGCUGAAUGAGUGGGUAACACUUUCAUCCUUGAACAUUUGAAUCACUUUUUCAACCUUUUAAGUACAAAAUAAACAGAAUAAGUGAAAUUGCCCCUGAUAUUGAUACAAGGGCCAGUACAAGUAAAUGCUUUCAUCUCUGGUCCUUAUCUAAGUGUUUUCUUCUGUUCUUGUUAUUUCACUAACACAUUUGGAUGCUGCAUGUAAUAUGACAGAAAAACUAUAAAACUUCAUCGGCUCUCCCGCUGUGCUCUUUCACGCCUUUGAUUUUUCCACACUAGCGGUUUAAAAACAUUUUCUCACUCAGUCUGCAACUUAACAGGAAAUGUGGACCUGGCAGCUGCAGGGGCUUGUGGGUAUUCUGGUUUUCACACAUCUCGCCGCCCGAUGGCAGGUUGAGCUCAUACUCCUAUUAUUGUGGCGCGUACUUGGAUAAAUAGCUGGGGGGGAUGUCUGGGGGGAGGAGGGGGAAGGGGGCGAGGGGUCAAAGUCACAGUUCACACAAGCAGAGCAGCCAAAGCCUCCUAAUCACUCCGGGCAUGUAUGUAACCUCAUCCACAGGAUUCCACUGCCGCCUCCCCCCUUCAUUUCAUACUCGGUCACCCACCGCUACACUCGCCCUCUCCUUCCAUCCCCCCAUGUUCCUCCCCGUCAUUUUAGACUCAUCUCAUCCCUCCUGCAGCCUGUAAUUGUGUCCCUCAUUCUCACUUGCGGUUCACCUUUGUCAAUGUCUCUGUCUGACAUUAACUGAUUAAACCCUCAGCCUUUUAUUUUGAUUAAUCGCUGUUCUUCCCUUUGGCUUCUUAAAUCCGUCUUUCACCCCUUACGUGCUUUUAUUUUCCCCUCUUUCCGCCUUUCGCGCUCCGUUUCUAACCUCUGGGAAAUGCUGCUUACACUUUAAACUCAGAUUGAAGGAAUCAUUUAUCUAGAAAAGCUGCAGAAACGACAAGUAAUCAAGCUGCAAAGUGCACGGCACGGCAGGAAAUGAAAAUCACGAAAGGUGGCUCCAAGAUCAAGUGAAAAGAUGCCUGCAUGAAACAACCGUGUCAGCAGUUAUACGUCACGUGGAGACAAGCAUGUAGCUGUAGUUUUAUGCACAUUACGGACAAACCAAAAUUGAAUUAGCAGCAAGUUUUCCAAAUGAAAAGUAUGACCUGUAAGUAGUUUUUCCACCCGGCAUUGUGCAGCAGUGAGAGUUUAGAUCUUCUUUUUCAUGAGGUAAUGCAGCGAGUACACAGCUUGCAGAUUUCAUCAGCCAAAUGAUUAUUUCCUGGCUCCUGUAACAGUCAAAAGGGAGGAGGUGUUUGUUGUGCUUAGCUGGGAUGAACAAGCUGCAGAAAUACUGUAGGUGAAAGGACAAAACACCUGUCAGUCAAACACAAACAACUCAGACUGUGCAUCUGGAAACAGAUCGCACUACAUAAUAAUUAGUAUGAUUUUAGAGGUUGAGUUUUAAUAUGCUGGGAGAAAUAAAGUGUUUAAUAUUUUUGCUUUAUUGUCAGCCUCUCCUUUGCAUGCUCUCAUAAAGUCCCAUGAAUCGGUGAUGCUUGCUACAACUCAAGGAAAGAUUGUUGCAGUGAGUCUCAGCACCGACGCGGGACAAAUGUCAAAACUCGACACGUCUGUUUUAAACCAGCCGCAGUCGCAUCAUGUUUUAUAUCACCUCCUAACUCAUCGCAAACUUUACUGCGAUAAAUUUAUUGUAGUGAACGGAGCUUUGGGGAUCAGUAAAGUUCUUCUUCUUCUUCUUCUUUGCUGUAGUAAAGAGUAAACAGAUCAUAUUGCCUACACUGCUGUUGACUCCUGGACUGUUUUCCCCCUUUGGUUUAAAAUAUUUACACUCUGCCAAAGUUGUAUUUGUGUGAUAAAUGACAGAGGGGAGAUGUUCAGCUCAAAUUGCUGAUCCUCAAUCAGUUGAAUCUGCUCAGGUUGGCUUGAACCCAAUAGCUUGGAGUCGGGAUUGCCACAUCCUUUAACGGUACUGCAAACAUAACAUCCCAAUACUCAUAUUUUCUUACACCCAUAACCAACUUAUCCUUCUUAAUGGUUCCAUUCGCUCGUGCUGCUGUGCUGUUUGUUGCACUGGCAGGACACAUCUCAUAUAAGGGCAAUUUAUGUAACCAACACACCACGGGGCAAGGCUCACUAAAGUCAUCUAUCAGUUUGUCCUGGUUGAUUAUUUUUCAAUUUGAGGAGCUGCAGGUUGAUUCCCCACAUGUAGGGUUUGAUCUAAAGCAAUUUCCUAAGUCUGCAACGUUUAAGUCACGUGUCAAAGGGGCUCUAAUAGAGAAAAACAGAAUCGAUCCUGUGUCGGAGUUGACCUUGGUGGUCUUAGGUACACUAGAUCCUUGAACAGCGCCGACGGUCUUUAGCCAGAGCGCGUACCCACACAAACAUGUGGCAGCGCUAUUUUUACACCCUGUAGUGUUCCACAAAUACUGCAAGGUGUUCCCCUGUGUGGCCCUCAUAGACCAAAUCUUAGCACACAAACACUCCUGUCAAAUUGUGCGUUUGUUGUUCUCCUCGCUGACAUGCCGUGGCGGAUGUUUUAUUUUAAUGAGGCCACAGAAAGAUGAGUGAGACUCCUGUGGUUUGGAGUGUCUUUUCUUACUUCUGCGGAUGCGUUUUCACAGCGGUGUCACACUCACAGACACACCUGACUUACCUUAUUAUAACUAGUAAAUUUGACGGCUGCAACAUUGCUUUGUCCCCGCUAACAGACCCCAGUCCUACGCAGACAAGCUCAGAGGAGAAGCUGAACCACGAGGCCCAGGAGCUGGAGAAACGACUGAGCAUGCUCUCACAAAGGAGCAGCACAGGUACAGCAUCUUAUUACCAGUUUCACAAAUGUGUAGCUGUUGUUACAUAAUUACCCCACGGCGCUAAAAUCUUUUAAUGCAGGGUUGCAAAGAAAUCAGAGGAUCCAUGCACUUCUAAUUAUCCUGCGCUUGGUUGUUAAUUAGGUUUGCAGAUGUGAUACUUUUCCUGACGCUUGUGAUUUAUUGUUCUCAUUAUGUGUCGGAUACAAGAAAGACGGCUGAGGAUAAACAGAUUUAUUAUGCUCUUUGAUGAUGCUUUCUGUUUUCAACAAAGGUAGAGACAAAAAGUAAAAUGAGAUGGCAAGACGUUCAAGACCCUUGAAUAAUUCAAUAACUCUGUUUCUGAUUGGCUUAGACGUCUAAACUAUGUGAAGUGUAUCAGACACAAUCAAACUGACUUUUUUUAAAGUUUCUCAAAAGUUAUUAAAUUUUCUUUUUGUGGACUGACCAAGCUGCAACUUUUAGUCUUAAGAGAUUAAGCCUAUGUAGAGGUGCAGUUCCUCGAGUGUCCACUUGAGGCUGGCUGCAAAAGCUCCAGAAGCCACAUACACACCCAUUCAUGAGGUGCAAAAUCGGAGUGUUGCACAUGGAAUAGGGAAAGUAGUCUUAUCGUCGAUCAGUGGGUAAGUGAAUGAAAUCAAAGAAAAAGAUAAAAGAGGGAAAAGUUACAUUAAACAAAAAAAAGAAAAUAAAGGUGGGGUAGGCAGGAAUCGGCUAAAGAAGCUUUUUUUUUGUGGUGUAUAUUAAAAAAAAGCUUUUAAUAUCAGUCAAUAGCGAUUAUUUAGCAUGUUAGCGUGCUACUAUAUCAGACGGUAGAAACCAACCAGAAAGUACGGAGAAUCCUUUGGCCACGACCACCAACACAAGCAAAAAAGGAAGUAAAUACUGGAGAAUCUGGUGGAAUAACGAACAAUUAAAAAGGAGGUAGACCACCGGGACAAGAGCUAAAGAAGCCGGGUCAACAACGAUAGGGGACGUGUUGAUCUUACGGACCCUGUAACCUUUCUGCUGGACAGAUAAACCGCUUUGAGAAAGUAAACCAAGUGUCUGUAACAGAAGUGUUUCUUAUCACACGGGACCUGCUGCGUGUUGUAGCGCCGCUAAACUGUUGACCUCGGGUCCUGGACUAUGUCACUUUAUCCUAGUUGUAGAAGUCCUGCAAACAUUGUGUUUGCUGGUAGUCUGUUGGCAUCUACAGUAGCACCAAUGCUUUUUACUUUUACAUUGACUGGGCCCCAUUUGUAAUUAUCUGAAGUAUUUAUCUGCAUUAUAUCUAAAUUUAAUUGAAACGAUACAAGUGAGCUGGAGCGUCUGUUUGUGGGCAAAGCAGAGACAGAGGAGAGAGGAGAUGCUGAGGGGAAAACUGGCUGGAAGGGGUAGAGUUUACAUUCAAGAUUUCACCCAAAAACUGGCCUUCCUACCCCACCUUUAACAUAAGAGAAAAACAUAAAAAUAAAUCCUGGCAAGUUAAAUAAAAAUAAAAAAGUUAAAAACACAUAAAUGAAAAAGUUGAACAACCCUAACUAUAUCUAUAAAGUUUACCCUUAACUUCUUGACAUUUAUGAAUGCUGUCUUUGCAGCGUCAUCCUCAUACUGCCCGUCUGCUGGGGGAGACGACCGCAGCAUAUCCGGCUCAUCAGAUACGUCCGACACCAGCCAAUCAGACUGCAGCAUCGGCAGCCGGCUCGCUAUUUGGACCGAGCCUCCCCCUAACCCGUCUGAAAACACCAGCCACACCAAAAGUGUUUUACAGAGCAUGGAAAAGCUUUCUGUCAGCCAGGGAGGUCCCCGCUGUCCUGUCACCAAACCCCCGCGGCAGCUCCAGGAGAUAGGCCGUCAGAGCUCGUCCGACAGUGGCAUCGCCACUGGCAGCCAUUCCUCCUACUCUGGCAGCUUCUCUUCCUACACGGGCAGCCUGGAUAUCACAGCAGGGGAGGAAUUUGGGUCUGUUUUCAGCUUGCCUCCACACUUGGCUCAAGACUUGAGCCCUUGUAGCUGUCCUGCUGCCCCUGGACAUGAAUACCAGGUACCUUCAUCACUCAGGUAUCUCUAUGACUCUCCUAAGAGUCUGUCAGUGGAGGGGAGUGUAAUUAUCAAAGACAAUGAACCCUCCACCUCAACCAAGGACACUCCUGCCUCUUCAAAACCCACCACUGACUCGACAACAGAGGAUAAAAGUAGUGUCAAAACCUGUGAGGGCCACUCAAAGACUCCUGAAACAAAGUCAGUAAGUGAACACUUAGAGGAGGGUAAAAAAACCAAGAUGGCGCCCUCUAGUGAGCACCCAGACUCCUGUCACAUCUGCACCUCAGUCUCCAAAACCAUUGUGACCAUCUGCUCAGUCUGUGGAGGAUUCAAGGUGAGAAAAAAAACUCUUUCUAUGUCAUUUUUUUUAGAUUUUCUCUUGAUUCACGCUCAGAUGAAGAGCAGUUGUAUUUUCGUUGGCCAUCUGUUUGCCUGGAAGGAAAAGAGCACCUUCUCCUUUCUAAUGUCCUCCUGCCCGCGCUCAGUUGUACAACAAGCAGCUUGUAUCAUCAUCACGCUCUCAUACGUCCUGUGGCUCGCUGUCACCAUGACCUUUGUGGCGUCCUGCAGGCUGACGGUGAUACUGCUCUCCAUUCAGUGUGAAGAACAGGAGAAAAAAAACAGUCCCAUGAUCCAUCUGUCCGACAAGUUAGCGUUUUAGCAGCCAGUCGGGCUUGAAACUGGCUUUACAUCUCGCAGAUUUGGCCCAUGAUUCGUGAUCGUCAUGCUGUUUAUUUCUCAUCUGACUCUUAUUUAUUGAUCCAGAACCCACUAUUUAACCAGGGGAUUUAUGUCUUUGGACUUAAAUGUCAACCAAUAAUAUUUCCAGCCUUUAUGCCCACGAUAAAAACAAAUCUUUAAGUAAACAUUUUCAAUUUGAGCUGCAGUUUUUUCCUCAUAAUGAUUCCUCUUUUCUUGAUCCUUCCGUCUGUGGAGUUUAAAGACAUUUUAUUUUGUUUAAUAAGGGGACUUUUUAAAUAGUUUGAUCCUUAAAAUCCAAAGAAAACAAAAAAAAUACCAACCAUAGUUUAACAGAAUCCAAGUUUCGCUUUUUCUUCCUUUGAUAGACAUCUGAAUAUUCAGCUUGUCUUAAUGAUGUUGUUAACUGUGUUUUGUUGUUGUUCUACCGAUGUGCAUUUCAUUAGAUUAACAAAAUUGAAAUGACUGUACUUGAACUAAACUAGAAAUACUAUUGAAAUAUCUGGAGUUAUUUAACACAAAACAAUUUAAACAGUAAAAAUAGUUGAAAAAAAAAGCUGAAAAUACACUUCCAACCUGAUUUGCUACACUCAAUCCCAUCCCUGAAAUACGAUAUGAGAAUGAGAAUGAUAACGAUACAAUACGAUACGAUAACAACAAUGAGACGAAACAAUAUAAUACGAUAGCGAUAUGAUAGCGAUAUGAUAGCGAUACGAUAGCGAUACGAUAGCGGCACGAUAUGCCAUACUAUACGAUACAAUAUGUUAUGAUAUGAUAACAGUACCUUUUGAUAACAAUAAUGAUAUUAUAAUUAUAAUGGUAUGUUACGAUAUAAUACCACAUGAAUGAAAACAAAUGAAAUCUCUGAGUUGAUGGUAACUAUUAAAUAAGAAGCCACUAAUAAAGAUAAUGAUAAUGAUACGAUACAAUACGAUAACAAUUUAAUACGAUAACGAUACAAUAACAAUAUGAUACAAUGGCGAUAUGAUAGCGAUACGAUUUGCCAUACCAUACGAUAGAAUAUGUUAUGAUAUGAUAACAGUACCUUUUAAUAACAAUAACGAUAUUAUAAUGAUAAUGAUAUGUCACAAUAUGAUACCAUAUGUAUGAAAACAUAUGAAAUCUGUCAGUGGUAACUGUUUAGUAAGAAGCCACUAAUAACUUUCUGCAAAUGUUAAUUUUAUAGGUGGAUAUUUUGCGUUAGAUGUUUGAAAAAUGAAGGUUGGAAGAUUUGAUUCCUGCUGCUCUGGUGUAUGUGUGUGACUUCUUGAAUAGAUACAUAUAACCAGUAGAGAUCUGUGUGUUUGAUAUUAUUCUAUAGGUAUAACUCUGAUCUGUCUUUCACUGCAUAAACAGCGUAGUCUGCCUGUGCCUACAUGAUAAAUGCCUCCACGUGCAUUUGUCAGAGUUUGUUUAGCAGCACAGUUAUGAGCCUGAAUAUUUUAUGUCUGUGUGUUUGAUCUUUCUUUAUUUUCCCCCACUGUAAUUAGAGACUCCAGUCGGCUGUGCUGUCAUUUUAAUUCAGAGACAAACCACAGAACUGAUGCAACCUACGCCUCACGUUAUCAGACAGAAGGUUUAUAUCAGGUCAUCACUUCAGUCUGUUAUCACCUGCUCUGCUCUGCUGAUUGUGCGGCAUCUGUGUGAGAGAGCGCCGACUUCAGUCUGUGUUCAAUCUGUUAUCGUCAUUAAGUGGUUUUAAAGUUUAAUGAAGGAGAACUGGACUUUGUGUACCGUUUUAAUGUGCACCGGAGAUCUGAUCAGGAGUAGUCUCUUUGAAAACCUGGUUGUUGCAGACUGCAGACUCUGUUUUGAGGAUUUUUGCAUAAGCAGAGUCCAAGCUUGAGUUUAAACUCAGGGAAAGAUUAAUGUGGAGUAUUUGGCUCCCCCUGCUGGUGGUGCAGUAAGGUUAAAAACACACAUUUUAUUUCUUACCUGAAAAAAAAUGUGUUGUCUCCAGCAAGUCCUUGGUGAACUAAAUGAAACAUGAGAUGAUGGAGCAGCGUGGGAGAGCAUUUAUCACCUUCAGCAUGAGCAACACAAUACCCCCCCUGUGGUGUUUAUUAGCUCUCAGCCAAAGGGCUACUUCAAAAGAAAAGAUUAAAUAUCAGCUUCAUACGAACGUAGACGCCGUUUCACUCUUUAAAAACACAUUUAUGAACGUAUGAAGGUCGUUUUUAUAAGAUAAUUUCUAUUAUUGUAGCUGACAUGCUGUUUAAAAAGGUUUGCCUGGCUGGUUUGAUAUAAGAGAGGGAUUGUGGGUAAUAAAUCUCCAAGAAAAAUCAUAGUGUAGAGUCAGCUCUGUGUGUGUGAUGGAUGAAGUCAUCUGAUGUGACAUUCAGAGCGUUCACAGCCAGGGCACCUCACAUCUGUGGCACCGAAACAGCCCUCAGCGCUGAGCUUAGAAAGGGAAACCAGAGCAGUUGUGUUUGUUUUUGCAAGAAACUCAUGAAAAGGCAAAAAACAAAAAAUGAAUUGAUCCUGUUAGUGUUUGUGUCCUACGCAUAAAAGCUUGGUGUAGCGUCUUUUUCAGUCCCCGGCGUGACGAAUCAGCUGCUGAAAAUAGUCCCUACAAAUGCACUAUUGACUCCUCUUUGAUUGACACAUGCUCAGAGCUGUUUUUAAGGGAAUGAUGUAAAAAAAAAUUAGCUCUUGUUUUUAUUUGUCAAUGUACAUUUUCAAGAACCAAUCAGCUUGAGGCUGUUUGACGGAGACAGGCUCAGAAGUCAGGGAGCAUUGAGAGACGGCUGAAUGCACCGCUGGUUUCGCUCUUUUCAUGGGAUUGUUGACAAUUAAAAAAUGUAUAGAUCAUUGCCAGCCUUGAAAGCACCCGACCAGCAUGAAUCUAUUUAUACUGUACGUGAUACUAAUUAAACCAGCGCGCAACGAGAAUGUAAUUAGUUUCUGUUUCAUGUCACAGGGGACGCCGAACAUCCCCGCAAGUGGGUCAGUGAUCCCUGCCAUACCAGGUAAGUGUGGAAAAACCACCGCAUGUGUAAAUUCUGCACGCAUGAACUCUGUCUUUGCAUGUUUCGGGAAAACAUUCACUGCUUUUUAAUCUGUUUUGGAUUAAAAGCAAAGUGUUUCAAGGGUUUUCUUGCCCCCAGAACAUCAUAUUUUCAAUUCAGCAGAUCAAAGUGUUGACAAAUCACCGUGCAGCGAAAACAAUAUGUCAGAGAUGGAAAUACUGGAGAAAGCAGCGAGGACGAGCGAGGGUUCACCUCUGCCAAAGAAAGGGAGAGAGAAAUUGGCAUGUCUCUUAGCCGAUCUGCUUGGCUUUCCAAGAGCUGAUAGGCAGCUGGAGGCGAAGUCUCACAGCCUGAACUUGUAUGAGUCAAUGAGCCCAAGGAAUGAGCUUAUAUCUUCACCAACUGUCACCUGUGCUCCGUUACAAGAUGCACGGCGAGAGAAAACAGCUGUCAUUUAUGAAAACUGUUAUAAAUGCCGGGGAGAGCGCUGUCAGCCCCCUCCACGGGCCGCACCUGCCGAAAUGUACCGCGACAGGAACAUUUCCACCAUAAAGACAUUUCCUACAGAGCAGACAAGAAGCAGAGACCGCGAGGCAGCCGUUAAUGAAGCUCCCGGAGAUGCAUCACAGAUCGCCGACGGGCAACGUCAGUAUGAGGAGAUGAAUGGUCAGACGGUGGCUGGUGAAGGUAAGAGGCCUCUUCAUAAAAGCUCCCUGCGACUCCUCUGAUGUCCUCUUUCCUCUUCAGUCUUUUCAAAUGGAUCUCCUCUUUGUUUCCAGUUUGCUGUUCUCUCUAUCAUCAAUAAAAAAAAAUCACACUUUCCCUCCAGGCCUCUCCUUUCUGGUUUUAAUCAACGGCUUGUUUUCUGCCUGCUCUCUCUGUGGGGGUUUUUCUUUUUUGCUGUUUGCUUCUGCGGCCGAGCUUUGAGAAGGGAUCGGAUUUUUCUUCUGAAGAAAACCAAGAGCUCAGAAAUGAGUUAUGAAUAACAACCACCUUUUUGUAAAACACUUACAGUGAAUGUCUAACAAGUUGUGACUUAUGUUCCUUUUAACACCAAAUGAGGAGUAUUUUUUAAAAUCAAACCAAAGCGACUCAAAAGUUUCCCAAAGACUCAUCUUUAAGGCGUUAUUAUUAGUCAGCUGUUUGUCGCAUUAAUGUCAGAGGGAUAAAUGACAGUCAAAAACGGCUUAGAAUUAAUCUAGAAAGUAUUAACGGCUGCAUCUAUCACAAAACCAUCAGUUUAAAGAAAUCCUUUUAGAAGGACAAGUGGUUACAAAAGCCUCAAAAUACUCAAUGUGACCUUUUUAUAUAUACACAAAUAUAUAAAAACUCACUUUUCAUGACCACUGUGCUAUUAUUAAAGCUCCUCAGAUAUUAUUUUAAGCAGUUUCUCAAUGAAACUUUGUCUCGUUUAACGCAAAUCCAACCGGCUUAUGAUUAAAUGUGUCGUAAGCUCCUCCAGUUAGGAUACAUUUAUUUACAACUCUUAUUAUAUCUGGAUUCCAUUUGUUAUAAUCAAGUCUAUGAUCAGAGAAUGUCAAACUCAUAUGAAGUGAUGCUAACUUGCUUCUUCACACCUGGUUUCAAUCACCUCGACCCUCGACUUCAUGCUCAUUUUGAGCCAAAGCUCCACCUGCUGUUCAGUGUAAAAACUGCAUUAACAUAUAUGCAUAUAUGCAGCACGGUGUUUCAUAUAGAGAUUAAAAAACAGGCUUUUUGGCUCCAACACUAAGUUUAUUAGUUUAUUGCAGGCUGAUGCUACAGACCUGUGUUUUUGUUGUUUAUAUCAAUAAAAGUCGACUACAUGAUAUAAGUUUAAUGCAGAUGUACAACAUACCAGAAAUUUAAGUACACAACAAUAAAAGUGCCCUGAACAUAAUUUUGAAAUACUCCUUUAUAUUAUUUGUAAUGCACAAAAGUCAAGGACGUCCAUCAUUUGCACAUCAGCAGAAGAGAUCAGCCAGAAGAGACUUUGAUGUCUUUAAUUCUCAGUUUUUGAUGGUAUUUUCAAAACAAGCACGUCUCUUAUCAUUCAGAUUUUCCUCUUAACACUCUUCUGCAUGUUGAAUCUUAACCAGCAUGCAGGUUUUGAUUCUAUCUGUCCCUCAUAUUUUAUCCAAACUGAUCUGUUAUUUCAUGCUGUGCCACAGUUUGUGUUGAUAAAUCAAUUUACUUUCAUCCGUCUCCAUCUUUGGAUCUGCAGGAAUUCAUAUAUUUCUGCUCAGAGAGCAGCAGUAUCAAUCCCACAAAAAAAAUCAUUUAAAAAAAGCACUGUGGGGGUUUAUUUCCUCCCUCGGCUAUUGGCACAUUAAACUCUACUUAGGUUUCUUAUAUUUUUGCAUUUUCUCUCCCACCAGACAAAAGGCCUCAUAAUAGAGAGGAAAGACGCAGAGCUGAUCCUGCUUAUGAGAUCAUGGAGAGUCGAGCGCUGGAGAGGAACUCAGAGGUAGGCUAAUCCAAAACUCUCUAAUCCGCUUUAUGCUAUCAACAACUCUCACAUUUUGACUGUUAGAGUCUUUGUGCUCCGAGUUCAGCUAAACAUUUCCGGGAAACGUCUGUUAUUGAUGGGGAUUAUAAAAAGUGAAUAGCGGCUUAUUGUGGUAGAGUUAUAAAGGAGGUUCAAGUAAUACCUGAAACUGAACAUGAAAAAUUGUGUUCAUCAGCAUUUUGACGUUUUUAUAUCUUGGCCAGUUUGUAGGAUCGAACUCUGGAGAGAGUCAGGAUUGUGUCUGUAAUGAGCUGAAAUCAUCGCAGAGGUUUUCAGCCUGAAUGAGACUCUUUAUUCUCAGAGGAGUUCCUCAGUUGAUGAGAUGAAGUUUGAUUCUAAGUGUUUUGUUAGACCACAGAUGUAGCAUAAAGACAGGCAACAGACUGUAGGCUGUAUACCACAUGGACUCAGUCUCAGUAAUGUCACACAUUUAUAAGGACUUUUAAAGUCUGACUUAAAGCGACUUUCUGUCAACAUACCAAGAGGUCGGCCUUUAGCGUCCUCGCUAACUGCUAAAUUGCGCCUACUUGUCUGUCAAGUUAGCUGUGCCUCUAAGUAAACAAACCUUGAUAUCUUUAAUGUCUCUCUUUGGUAUUGUUGAUGGUGAGUGGGUCCAUGUAUUAUCCAUCAAUUCAAUCAUUCCAUUCCAACUAGUAAUUGAAAAACGAAAACAUGAGUCAAUAUUUUGUUUAUUUGUUUUUCUCUAUAACCAAAAAAUGAAAACUAAGUGUUUGUUUUUGUUUGUUUUGUUUGUUUCUGAAAACAGAAUACAUAAUAGAGAUGGAAACAAAGCGUUGUUGAUUUUGAGUGCACCUGUUUUGAGCAUACGUGCAUGGAGGCUACAUGAUCCUCAGCGGCAGUUACCAUGGCAAAAGAUGCGACAGAGCGGUUCCAGCGCCAAAAUCUUACGUUGUAACGAAGCUCUGGUUGUAAUUUAAUCUUCCUCCUUUGGAAAAUAUUUAGGAUGCAUCCAUCUCCAUGACAGCAGGUUAGCCUUUCUCUACCGCUCUGGCCUGGAGUUUUUGGUCCACUUUUUUGGCUAUUUUGUUGCCAAUACACAUAUGUGAACAGUAGAAAGGCACUAUGGGAAAUGAGGACAUCAGUAACCCGGGAAUGAAAAGUAGAUUUAUUAUUUUGUUUUUGUUUCCAUCUCUAUUAUAUAUUCUGUUUUGAACUGAAAAUCCAACAACAAACACUUAUUUUUUAUUUUUUGGUUAUAUAGAAAAACAAAUAAACAAAAUAUUGACUCGUUUUUUCGUUUACUAGACUGAAUGGAAUAAUUGAAUAGAUGGAUAAUACACGGACCUGCGUGUAUUACCCUCAGAGAAAGUCCAACCCAAACACCAACGCUGGUGUGAAUACACACUCUGCCCUCUCUGUUUAGAUGUUUUUCCUUUGCUGUCAGAAAGCUCAUUUGUUUUCCGUAUUUUUGUAGGAUUUAAUCGUCUGUAGUCAAUUUGAGAGUACCCAUUUCAAAAAAGCAAAUCGUCCCCUAAUGCCAAAUGCUAGCUGUCCUGUCGAUUUACUCAUGACAGACAAAGAAAGUGCAGAACACAAUUUUUUUUUGGACUAAAUAAAGAUCAUUUAAUUAAUGUCAUUUUAAGUCUUGCAUAACAGGACUCCUCCUAUUGAACCCUUUGGGCGCCAUCAUAUUAACCACAAUUAUGAUUAAAAUCCAAUUCUAAGAACUGUUAGUUCCUCCUGCUGCAAAGAGAUCUACUCGUCUUAUUAUUAUCAUUAGUUGACGCUCAUUAGCGCAGACAUUGUCUCUUCUCUGUAAUGGCUUCAUUCAUUCUCAAAAUGAUGAUGGUCCCAUCAAGGAUUCCCUCUUUGUGGUUUCUCAGUCAGACUGAAAGCAAUAUGGCUGCACUCCACCUCCAAUUUUCACACCACAACAGCCGUGCUUACAGUGGCUGUCUGGAAUCAGAGAUUAUGUGGCCGCGAUUUAAAAGGCGCAGCUAUCCUCCCAUAACCAUGAGGCAUUGCAGACAGUCUUUCCACACGCUAGACGCUCGGUAAAUACUUCACUAUAAAUACUCCUGACGAGUCCACUGAGCUGUUGAAGAGAGAGUCCUCCUCAUGGUUAUGUAAUUGAGUAAUUUGCUUGUCGCUCACUGCAAACUAUAAUCAACAGUUGUUGGCCAUCUGUGUGUCUUUCAGGCUGAAGAAAAGAGCAAGUAUGAGUUGAUGGGCAGCUGUGGUCAGCAGAGGUUGCUGCAGGAAACUGAAGGUGAGUGAGGCCGCUGUUCAGAUAUUUGCAUAAAAAUUGCUGUAAUUUUUACACCCAGACAGGUAAAUUUAUGCAAAUUGUUGCAUCCGAGUGGAUUUUUUUUCUACAAAUGGGCCUUUUUUGGACCAUUUUCAGCAAUGUACUUAACAAUAGCCAGGACCCACUCACAGGAGGAAGAGAAUAAAAGUGAUGACUCAAACACCAGCUAUGAACCUGUUGCUCUGUGUGUGACUUGAAUCAAAGGAGAAUAAAACAAAGCUUAUUAAAAAUAACAAUAACAUGAAAUAAUAAGUCUGGCGAGAGGCGCGACAUCAACAAGAGUAAUGUUCGGAACAGGCAUGAACACCACUUACAGAGUGUUUACGUGAUUUUAAACAGAGUAACACUCUGUGACGUGGAUGGUGAGUUGUAUACAUGAAGCGGCUUCCUGUGGAUACUAUGUACUGUACAGACUCUACAGGGACUUGGCUUUGGAACCCGAGGGUCACCAGUCCGAGUCCAGGAGUAUAAAAAUAAGCUUGAUAGAGAGCUUACUUCCACUGCUAAGGUACCCUUGAGCAAGGCACCAAACUUAAAUGUGUAGCCCCCUGACUUUCAUACCUCCACACGUCCACAGGACCCUGUUUGUGCUUGCAUAUGCAUCUCUUGAUAUGUGUGGGUGUUGUAUAUACAAUAACAGAGUGAGAAUUAAAAUUCUCCUCUGGGAAUAAUAAUGAAAAACCUUCUUGUUCUUCUUGAUUAGCUGAGCCAGCUGAACAAGCUGCAUGUAAAGUCAGAAUCAGCUUCCAUCAUCAAAUCCACAAUUUGAUACCGUUAUAUUAUUCAAGCUGUAAUUCUGUCUUUAUGUUCUAAAAAGCACUGUUGCUGCUGCUACUGGCUAUAAAUACUUUAACCUGGAAGUUAGCGGGUUCAUUUCGAUCCAUUUGAUCAAAUUUUAAAGCCUCAAUUUCUGUUGAGUUUGGCGCCCCCUGUGGACAAAGAAAUGUAUUGUAUGCAUAGACUGUAUUUAGAAUGGACAGCGUCCGCCUCCUCGCUGGGUGAAGCCCAGACUGGUUUGUGCUCAAGUCCUCCUUGUUUUCUCUGCAGCUUCAUUUUUAAAAGUUAUUAGGGGGUUCAAGGAUUGCGUAGCUCAACCGAGGGAUACGCUGUUUGAAACUCUCCUGCCAAAUGCGUACAAUGCUACUGCGCAAGUGGUGGAGUGCGUACAACGCUACUGCGCAAUGUUGGUUUCAGGAAAUGGAGAAAAAACGCAGAAUUACAGAGAGCUUUUCAGCUUCAAAUCCGUUUACAGGCGGAAGGCGGAACCAAUUUGUCCAUAGUAUAUACAGUCUAUGAUCGUAUAUCAAAUUAUAGAAGUGUGUUUGAUUAAAAAAAAUUGCUAUCUGUUUUAAUCAGAUUUGUAACAAUCAAACUCCUGACAAAAGCUUGGACCAAGUAAGUUAAGCGCAUGAACUUGUUUUCAGGACAUUAGCCUUAUAUCUGUUUUUAUGUCUUUCCUUCUCUGACUCAUAAAGUUAUAUUGAAUACUUCUUAAGGAACAUUUGCUGUGUUUCUUGGCUUUACUCACCGCUUUAGUUGUUGCUCAGACUUUAUGACAUCGUGAAGCAGAGAGCUCCAUGUGGGUCGAACCUUUAUUUCUUCCUUCAUCUGUGUUUUAUGUAACACUGUAAACCUGAGUUACAUAAGAACCCAUUUGUCAGGAGGAAACACCCAGAUAUGAAACCAAAGAGAGGGUGCAGCGGUGCGUGUGAGGUUACCUGCCCUGACGUGAGGUGAGAGGACAGUUGUCAGGGGACGCUCGGCCACUUAAGUACCUUACGCCCAGAAACACACCUGCUCUAGAAAGACCUGACAACUGUCACCGUGGGGCUCCAAACCUGUCACUCAUGCUUAUGUACCUUUACACACUCACAGUACAGCUCUGCGCCAUCCUCCCCAUCAUGCUGCAUCAGCGAGCACUUAAUGGACGGGAUGUGCAGGGGGGGGGUUUAUGUUAGGAUGCUUGCUCGAUGGCCACUGAAAGGUGCAGAACAGUUUCCCAUGUGAUGUUUAAGUUGUUUGGAAACAUUUCGUUUUGAGACGUGAAGGUUAAUCUAGUGUGCAAGUGAAGAGGUCUCUGCUGGUGAGAGCUCUUCUCGCAUCGUUUCAUGUCACAUACCAUCUGCUUGGUGUUUAAAGUGACUCAUAGUAGGAGUCAGAUAGUGGGAUUUUCCUGCUAAAAUUUUUAGCUUUCGUACAUGAGACACAGAUGCAUGCAGUGAAGACAGUCUGAGCCUCAUCAUACAAUCAGUACGUUUGCAUGCACUGUUAAGUCAAGAUAUCAUUGUCAUAGCUCAAUGAGGCGAUUUAACAGGACUUGUCCUAAGAUCUAAUCAUUGACAGAAGUGUAAUUGCCCCUUUGAAAAGUGGUAGCGACAUGCUUUCUUUCAGCUUGUAGCUACGAGGACGUCUCCAGGAUCACGUAUUUUGUGUCGAAACAGUCGGCAUCACUGGAUGUUUGCUGCACAACGAAAACACCUUCACUUUUACUGCUCUGUGCUGGUUUUUUUGUACGAUAGGAUUACUUUUUCCCACAUCCAUUUUUCAUUUUUCAUCUCUUGAGGUUUUGUUUAUCAUAUGCCUUUCCAGCAGCACAUCCAUGCUUGUUCAAGGCCCAGCAUGCCUUAGUAAAUUCACAACUCCCUCGGGUUCAGUUUUCUCCUGUUCCCACCUUUGCCUCCAUAUCUGUCUACAAGAAAGGGUUGGAAACCAGCUCUGACAGGAGACCCUGAAAACACAGCUGUCAUUAGACCCCAUGUUUUCCCCUAAGGAAGCAGUUGACUCUGUGAGUCUGGGUCGCCAAGCUCAGCCAGGUAUCCCCUUGAGCAACACCCCAUGUGGCUUUGCAAAGUGAACUAUAUGAAGGUCCCUAAGCCUCAUAGCUGUGGGCAAACCCACCAUUAUAAUGACAGCCAUUAGAAAAGCCCACAUUACUGCUAGGGCUGCUUGCUGUCUGAUCAAUUAGGUAUCAGAGCUUCAAGACGUUGUCAAAGGCUGCACCCGCAGAGACUCUGCUGGCAUCUAAUGGCUUCCCACUGAUUGGAUGAACUCCCUUGGGGUCGGUGCUUCUCAGCUGUGGGUAAUAGUUGCUGCCUGCUGCCAUUUAGGUUGAGUCAAUAGCAGGUCAGAUAGCUUUUCUUUAACCCCAGAGUUUACCUUUUCUGCUGUAUGGACAUUACUGGGCUGCAUAUACAUGGUCAUGUAAUCACAACACUGCUGCAAGAGUAGAAGAUGUGGAUCCAUGCCGGAGUUUACAGCCACUGCAGUGUUACUGUUUGCAGCAGUGAGCUACCAUAAUGUGAUCUUUUUGUCAUACAAUACUAUGGCAUUUUUAUCACACUACACUAUGGCAUAUUUAUCAAACCAUACAAAGAUAUUUUUAUCAUACUAUGUUCUAUUAUACUAUACUUUGAAAUUUUAUCGUACUAUACUACGAUAAUUUUACCACAUGUACCUAUGAUUUAUUAACAUACAAUACUACAACAUUUUUUCAUUCAAUAGUACUUGGUAUUCAAUAGUAUUUUUUUUCAUGCUAUUCUGUGAAAUAUUUUAUCAAACUGUAUUAUGAUAUUUUAUUGUACUUUAAUAUGUUUAUCAUGCUUAACUAUAUUUUUUUAACAUACCAUACUGUGACAUUUUUUUCAUAAGGAAAUAUUUUUUCAUACGAUACUAUGACAUUUUAUCAUACUGUACUAUGAUAUUUCAACAUACUAUACUAUAAUUUAGUUUUAUAAUUAACUUUAAUAUAUAUUUUUUAUACUGUACUAUAUACUCUACUAUAUUUUUAUCAUACUAAAAAUGUAUACAUUAUAUACUAUGACAUUUUUAUCAUCCUAUACUAUGGCAUUUAUUUUCUUGCUAAAAUAUUAAAAGAAUUUUCACACUAAAAAAAGGAAAUUUUUAACAUACUAUACUAUGACAUUUUUAUCAUACUAUACAAAGGCAUUUAUUUUUACACUAAAUUAUGGAAUUUUUUUUCACACUAUAUUUGAAAAUUUCAACAUACUAUACUAUGUCAUUUUUAUCAUACUAUACUAUGGGAUAUAUUUUAAAUCUAAAAUAUGAAAUUUUUUUCACACUAAAAUUUUAAAAUUUUAACAUACUAUACUAUGACAUUUUUAUCAUACUAUACCAUGGCAUUUAUUUUUCCACUAAAUUAUGAAAUUUUUUUUCAUACUAUAUUUAAAAAAUUUCAUCAUACUUUACUAUGACAUUUUUCUCAUACUAUACCAUGGCAUUUAUUUUCAUUCUAAAAUAUAAUUUUUUUUUCACACUAAAAUUUAAACAUUUUAACAUACUAUACUAUGACAUUUUUAUCAUACUAUACUAUGGCAUUUAUUUUUCCACUAAAUUAUGAAAAUAUUUUUCACACUAUAUUUGAAAAUUUUCACAUACUAUACUAUGACAUUUUUUCUCAUACUAUACAAUGGCAUUUAUUUUCAUUCUAAAAUAUAAAAUUUUUUUCACACUAAAAUUUUAACAUUUUAACAUACUAUACUAUGACAUUUUUAUCAUACUAUACUAUGGUAUUUAUUUUUCCACUAAAUUAAGGAAUUUUUUUUCACACUAUAUUUGAAAAUUUUAACAUACUAUACUAUGACAUUUUUCUCAUACUAUACCAUGGCAUUUAUUUUCAAUCUAAAAUAUUAAAUUUUUUUCACACUGAAAUUUUAACAUUUCAACAUACUAUACUAUGACAUUUUUAUCAUACUAUACUAUGGCAUCUAUUUUCAUUCUAAAAUAUUAAAUUUUUUUCACACUAAAAUUUUUACAUUUCAACAUACUAUACUAUGACAUUUUUCUCAUACUAUACCAUGGCAUUUAUUUUCAUUCUUAAAUAUUAAAUUUUUUUCACACUAAAAUUUUAACAUUUUAACAUACUAUACUAUGACAUUUUUAUCAUACUAUACCAUGGCAUUUAUUUUCAAUCUAAAAUAUUAAAUUUUUUUCACACUAAAUUUUAACAUUUUAACAUACUAUACUAUGACAUUUUUAUCAUACUAUACUAUGGCAUUAAUUUUUCCACUAAAUAAAGGAAUUUUUCUUUCACACUAUAUUUGAAAAUCUUCACAUACUAUACUAUGACAUUUUUUCUCAUACUAUACCAUGGCAUUUAUUUUCAUUUCAAAAUAUUAAAUUUUUUUCACACUGAAAUUUUAACAUUUUAACAUACUAUACUAUGACAUUUUUAUCAUACUAUACUAUGGCAUUUAUUUUUCCACUAAAUUAAGGAAUUUUUUUUCACACUAUAUUUGAAAAUUUUAACAUACUAUACUAUGACAUUUUUCUCAUACUAUACCAUGGCAUUUAUUUUCACUUAAAAUAUUAAAUUUUUUUCACACUGAAAUUUUAACAUUAAACAUACUAUACUAUGAAACUUUUUUCAUACUAUACCAUGGCAUUUAUUUUCAUUCUAAAAUAUUUAAUUUUUUUCACACUAAAAUUUUAACAUUUUAACAUACUAUACUAUGACAAUUUUCCUCAUACUCUACUAUGACAUUUAUUUUUCCACUAAUUUAAGGAAUUUUUUUUUCACACUAUAUUUGAAAAUUUUAACAUACUAUACUAUGACAUUUUUAUCAUACUAUACCAUGGCAUUUAUUUUCAUUCUAAAAUAUUAAAUUUUUUUUUCACACUAUAUUUGAAAAUUUUAACAUACUAUACUAUGACAUUUUUAUCAUACUAUACUAUGGCAUUUAUUCUUCCACUUAAUUAAAGAAUUUUUUUUUUCUACACUAUAUUUGAAAAUUUCAACAUACUAUACUAUGACAUUUUUCUCAUACUAUACCAUGGCAUUUAUUUUCAAUCUAAAAUACUAAAUUUUUUUCACACUAAAAUUUUAACAUUUCAACAUACUAUACUAUGACAUUUUUCUCAUACUAUACCAUGGCAUUUAUUUUCAUUCUAAAAUAUUAAAUUUUUUUCACACUAAAAUUUUAACAUUUUAACAUACUAUACUAUGACAUUUUUAUCAUACUAUACCAUGGCAUUUAUUUUCAUUCUAAAAUAUUUAAUUUUUUUCACACUAAAAUUUUAACAUUUUAACAUACUAUACUAUGACAUUUUUAUCAUACUAUACUAUGGCAUUUAUUUUUCCACUAAAUUAAGGAAUUUUUUUUCACACUAUAUUUGAAAAUUUCAACAUACUAUACUAUGACAUUUUUUCUCAAACUAUACCAUGGCAUUUAUUUUCAUUCUAAAAUAUGAAAUUUUUUUCAUACUAAAAUUAUAACAUUUCAACAUACUAUACUAUGACAUUUUUAUCAUACUAUACCAUGGCAUUUAUUCUUCCACUUAAUUAAAGAAUUUUUUUUUCUACACUAUAUUUGAAAAUUUCAACAUACUAUACUAUGACAAUUUUUAUCAUACUAUACUAUGGCAUUUAUUUUCAUUCUAAAAUAUUAAAUUUUUUUCACACUAAAAUUUUUACAUUUCAACAUACUAUACUAUGACAUUUUUAUCAUACUAUACCAUGGCAUUUAUUUUCAUUCUUAAAUAUUAAAUUUUUUUCACACUAAAAUUUUAACAUUUUAACAUACUAUACUAUGACAUUUUUAUCAUACUAUACCAUGGCAUUUACUUUCAUUCUAAAAUAUUUAAUUUUUUUCACACUAAAUUUUAACAUUUUAACAUACUAUACUAUGACAUUUUUAUCAUACUAUACUAUGGCAUUAAUUUUUCCACUAAAUAAAGGAAUUUUUCUUUCACACUAUAUUUGAAAAUUUUCACAUACUAUACUAUGACAUUUUUUCUCAUACUAUACCAUAGCAUUUAUUUUCAUUUCAAAAUAUUAAAUUUUUUUCACACUGAAAUUUUAACAUUUUAACAUACUAUACUAUGACAUUUUUAUCAUACUAUACUAUGGCAUUUAUUUUUCCACUAAAUUAAGGAAUUUUUUUUCACACUAUAUUUGAAAAUUUUAACAUACUAUACUAUGACAUUUUUCUCAUACUAUACCAUGGCAUUUAUUUUCACUUAAAAUAUUUAAUUUUUUUCACACUGAAAUUUUAACAUUAAACAUACUAUACUAUGAAACUUUUUUCAUACUAUACCAUGGCAUUUAUUUUCAUUCUAAAAUAUUUAAUUUUUUUCACACUAAAAUUUUAACAUUUUAACAUACUAUACUAUGACAAUUUUCCUCAUACUCUACUAUGACAUUUAUUUUUCCACUAAUUUAAGGAAUUUUUUUUUCACACUAUAUUUGAAAAUUUUAACAUACUAUACUAUGACAUUUUUAUCAUACUAUACCAUGGCAUUUAUUUUCAUUCUAAAAUAUUAAAUUUUUUUUCUACACUAUAUUUGAAAAUUUCAACAUACUAUACUAUGACAUUUUUCUCAUACUAUACCAUGGCAUUUAUUUUCAAUCUAAAAUACUAAAUUUUUUUCACACUAAAAUUUUAACAUUUCAACAUACUAUACUAUGACAUUUUUCUCAUACUAUACCAUGGCAUUUAUUUUCAUUCUAAAAUAUUAAAUUUUUUUCACACUAAAAUUUUAACAUUUUAACAUACUAUACUAUGACAUUUUUCUCAUACUAUACCAUGGCAUUUAUUUUCAUUCUAAAAUAUUUAAUUUUUUUCACACUAAAAUUUUAACAUUUUAACAUACUAUACUAUGACAUUUUUAUCAUACUAUACUAUGGCAUUUAUUUUUCCACUAAAUUAAGGAAUUUUUUUUCACACUAUAUUUGAAAAUUUCAACAUACUAUACUAUGACAUUUUUCUCAUACUAUACCAUGGCAUUUAUUUUCAUUCUAAAAUAUGAAAUUUUUUUCAUACUAAAAUUUUAACAUUUCAACAUACUAUACUAUGACAUUUUUCUCAUACUAUACCAUGGCAUUUAUUUUCAUUCUAAAAUAUUAAAUUUUUUUCACACUGAAAUUUUAACAUUUCAACAUAUACUAUGACAAUUUUUAUCAUACUAUACCAUGGCAUUUAUUUUUAUUCUAAAAUAUUAAAUUUUUUUUCAAACUAAAAUUUGAAAAUUUUGACACACUAUACUAUGACAUUUUGGUCAUCCUUGACUAUUGCAUCUAUUUUCUUUCAAAAAUAAAAAAGAAUUUGUCACACUAAAAUUUGAAUUUUUUAACAAACUAUACUAUGACAUUUUUUUCAUACUAUACUAUGGCAUUUAUUUUUCCACUAAAUUAUUAAAAAAAUUUUCACACUAUAUUUGAAAAUUUCAACAUACUAUACUAUGACAUUUUUCUCAUACUAUACCAUGGCAUUUAUUUUCAAUCUAAAAUAUUAAAUUUUUUUCACACUAAAAUUAUAACAUUUCAACAUACUAUACUAUGACAUUUUUAUCAUACUAUACCAUGGCAUUUAUUCUUCCACUUAAUUAAAGAAUUUUUUUUUCUACACUAUAUUUGAAAAUUUCAACAUACUAUACUAUGACAAUUUUUAUCAUACUAUACUAUGGCAUUUAUUUUUCCACUAAAUUAAGGAAUUUUUUUUUCACACUAUAUUUGAAAAUUUUAACAUACUAUACAAUGACAUUUUUCUCAAACUUUACCAUGGCAUUUAUUUUCAUUCUAAAAUAUUAAAUUUUUUUUACACUGAAAUUUUAACAUUUCAACAUACUAUACUAUGACAUUUUUAUCAUACUAUACUAUGGCAUUUAUUCUUCCACUUAAUUAAAGAAUUUUUUUUUCUACACUAUAUUUGGAAAUUUCAACAUACUAUACUAUGACAUUUUUCUCAUACUUUACCAUGGCAUUUAUUUUCAUUCUAAAAUAUUAAAUUUUUUUCACACUGAAAUUUUAACAUUUCAACAUACUAAACUAUGACAUUUUUAUCAUACUAUACUAUGGCAUUUAUUCUUCCACUUAAUUAAAGAAUUUUUUUUUUCUACACUAUAUUUGGAAAUUUCAACAUACUAUACUAUGACAUUUUUCUCAUACUAUACCAUUGGCAUUUAUUUUCAUUCUAAAAUAUUUAAUUUUUUUCACACUAAAAUUUUAACAUUUUAACAUACUAUACUAUGACAUUUUUUCUCAUACUAUACCAUGGCAUUUAUUUUCACUUAAAAUAUAAAAUUUUUUCACACUAAAAUUUUAACAUUAAACAUACUAUACUAUGACAUUUUAACAUACUAUACCAUGGCAUUUAUUUUCAUUCUAAAAUAUUAAAUUUUUUUCACACUAAAAUUUUAACAUUUUAACAUACUAUACUAUGACAUUUUUAUCAUACUAUACAAUGGCAUUUAUUUUUCUACUUAAUUAAGGAAUUUUUUGUCACACUAUAUUUGAAAAUUUUCACAUACUAUACUAUGACAUUUUUUCUCAUACUAUACCAUGGCAUUUAUUUUCAUUCUAAAAUAUAAAAUUUUUUUCACACUAAAAUUUUAACAUUUUAACAUACUAUACUAUGACAUUUUUAUCAUACUAUACUAUGGUAUUUAUUUUUCCACUAAAUUAAGGAAUUUUUUUUCACACUAUAUUUGAAAAUCUUAACAUACUAUACUAUGACAUUUUUCUCAUACUAUACCAUGGCAUUUAUUUUCAUUCUAAAAUAUUAAAUUUUUUUCACACUGAAAUUUUAACAUUUCAACAUACUAUACUAUGACAUUUUUAUCAUACUAUACUAUGGCAUUUAUUCUUCCACUUAAUUAAAGAAUUUUUUUUUUCUACACUAUAUUUGAAAAUUUCAACAUACUAUACUAUGACAUUUUUCUCAUACUAUACCAUGGCAUUUAUUUUCAUUCUAAAAUAUUAAAUUUUUUUCACACUAAAAUUUUAACAUUUCAACAUACUAUACUAUGACAUUUUUCUCAUACUAUACCAUGGCAUUUAUUUUCAUUCUAAAAUAUUAAAUUUUUUUCACACUAAAAUUUUAAAAUUUUAACAUACUAUACUAUGACAUUUUUAUCAUACUAUACCAUGGCAUUUAUUUUCAUUCUAAAAUAUUAAAUUUUUUUCACACUGAAAUUUUAACAUUUCAACAUACUAUACUACGACAUUUUUAUCAUACUAUACUAUGGUAUUUAUUCUUCCACUAAAUUAAGGAAUUUUUUUUCACACUAUAUUUGAAAAUUUUAACAUACUAUACUAUGACAUUUUUCUCAUACUAUACCAUGGCAUUUAUUUUCAUUCUAAAAUAUUAAAUUUUUUUCACACUGAAAUUUUAACAUUUCAACAUACUAUACUAUGACAUUUUUAUCAUACUAUACCAUGGCAUUUAUUUUUCCACUAAAUUAAGGAAUUUUUUUUUCACACUAUAUUUGAAAAUUUUAACAUACUAUACUAUGACAUUUUUCUCAUACUUUACCAUGGCAUUUAUUUUCAUUCUAAAAUAUUAAAUUUUUUUCACACUAAAAUUUUAACAUUUCAACAUACUAUACUAUGACAUUUUUCUCAUACUAUACCAUGGCAUUUAUUUUCAUUCUAAAAUAUUAAAUUUUUUUCACACUAAAAUUUUAAAAUUGUAACAUACUAUACUAUGACAUUUUUAUCAUACUAUACCAUGGCAUUUAUUUUCAUUCUAAAAUAUUUAAUUUUUUUCACACUAAAAUUUUAACAUUUUAACAUACUAUACUAUGACAUUUUUAUCAUACUAUACUAUGGCAUUUAUUGUUCCACUAAAUUAAGGAAUUUUUUUUUCACACUAUAUUUGAAAAUUUCAACAUACUAUACUAUGACAUUUUUUCUCAUACUAUACCAUGGCAUUUAUUUUCAUUCUAAAAUAUGAAAUUUUUUUCAUACUAAAAUUUUAACAUUUCAACAUACUAUAUGACAUUUUUCUGAUACUAUACCAUGGCAUUUAUUUUUAUUCUAAAAUAUUAAAUUUUUUUCACACUAAAAUUUUAACAUUUCAACAUAUACUAUGACAAUUUUUAUCAUACUAUACCAUGGCAUUUAUUUUUAUUCUAAAAUAUUAAAUUUUUUUUCAAACUAAAAUUUGAAAAUUUUGACACACUAUACUAUGACAUUUUGGUCAUCCUUGACUAUUGCAUCUAUUUUCUUUCAAAAAUAAAAAAGAAUUUGUUACACUAAAAUUUGAAUUUUUUAACAUACUAUACUAUGACAUUUUAACAUACUAUACCAUGGCAUUUAUUUUCAUUCUAAAAUAUUAAAUUUUUUUCACACUAAAAUUUUAACAUUUCAACAUACUAUAUUAUGACAUUUUUCUCAUACUAUACUAUGGCAUUUAUUUUUCCACUAAAUUAUUAAAAAAAUUUUCACACUAUAUUUGAAUAUUUCAACAUACUAUACUAUGACAUUUUUCUCAUACUAUACCAUGGCAUUUAUUUUCAUUCUAAAAUAUAAAAUUUUUUUCACACUAAAAUUUUAACAUUUUACCAUACUAUACUAUGACAUUUUUAUCAUACUCUACUAUGACAUUUAUUUUUCCACUAAAUUAAGGAUUUUUUUUUCAGGCUAUAUUUGAAAAUUUCAACAUACUAUACUAUGACAUUUUUAUCAUGAUAAACUAUGUGAUAUAUUUUAAAUCUAAAACAUGAAAUUCUUUUUCACACUAAAAUUUGAAAAUUUUUAACAUACUAUACUAUGACAUUUUUAUCAUCCUUUACUAUUGCAUCUAUUAUUUUUUUUCUAAAAUAUAAAACGAAUUUUAAGAAAAAAAAAUUUAACUUAAACUUGACAAUUUUAACAUACUAUACCAUGGUUGUUACAUUCCCCAAAAUAGGGUAUAAAGGGGAAAUAACAAUCAUUCAAGAAAAAACCCAGGAAUGAGGAGGGAGACAGGAACUUUCAAAGGGUGCUGAAAUUUAUUUAAUAAUUAGAACAAAAAACAAACUCAUCUUGAUCAAAAUCUUAGAUUAAGUAGCCAGAAGUAUCGAAGAUAACCCUUAAAAACUGAGAGGACUUCCACUGAAAACAAAGUUUUUCCACACAACAAACUCCUUUGGUUCUUCACUUAAUCUGCUCCAGAGAGAGACCAGCCGACUGCUCUCCUCCUUCUCAAGGCUGACUCCUGAUUGCUGCCACCGAUGCAUUCAAUCCACCACUCCAGCCUUCAGAAGAGGUAGAGAGAAAGCGAGAGGAAAGGGGGGAAGAGGAGAGGAAAGGACAUCAGAAACCAACACUACCUGUAAAAAUUAUAUUUUUAUCAUACUUAACUGUGAUUUUUGUACUAUAAAUAUUUUUUACAUUUUUUGCUGUGCGGUUUUAUCAUACUAUACUAUGAUUUUUUCUUUUCGUAAUGUAGUAUGACAUCUUUAACAUACUAUACUAUGGAAUUUUUAUUAAACUAUACGUUGAUAUUUCUUCAUUCUAUAUUAUCACAUUUUUUUAUCACACUAUACUUUAACAUUUUAUUAUUCUAUACCAUAUUUUUAUCAUACUAUACUUUGAUACUUUUUUCAAACUAUACCUUGACAUUUUUAUCAUACUAUUUUAUGACAUUUUUAGCAGAGCAGCUUUUCUUUGUUAAGGUCGUCAGGCUGAGCCUGGGGAUUGGUUCUCUGUAUGUUAGAUUUGCUAUUUGGUCUUCAGUCAUAUUCUGAGCAACAUAAAGUUGGGAAAACUGUCUCUUGUUGCAUAUCGCAGUGAUAAUCAGGAGCAUUGUAGCCUUUCCAAAAUACACUUAAAGUCUAAAAUUAUUACAGGAAAUAUGAAAACUACCUAACAUUAACUCACUGCAGAUACAUGUUACUGGUUGGAUGGAGUCCUGUUUUUAACAGGCAUGUUUUCACACUGCUGGCUGUCUGUUUCUCACCAUGUUGAUGCACUCAGAUAAGGCUUAGUUAGCUGUAUGCCCCCCUUUAGAUUACUCUAAGCCUCUAUUGCAGUGGUAGUUUUAGUUAUCCAGCAGUUGCCAGUUCUUGCUUUCAUUCAUUUCAAGUGAGCAACAGCCAAUAAGAACCCAACAGCUGGUCAUCAAAUGAUGUAUUUCCAUCAGAAAUUCAUUCAGAGUUUAUGCAACUGGCCCCAAGAUGUUCUCAUCCAACUUCUGACUAACUCAUUUUGAAUACUAAAAGAGCUCAUUGAUGUAAAAGAAAAUCCCCCCAAAACACCAUGGCCAUAUUUGAUUGAUGUAAUACACAAUCUACAUGCUACAUGUGAACAUUGCUGCAGAAGAUAACAAGAAAAACUGUUAUCUCAGUUUUUCCAUUUAUUUGUGUUAUUCAGAAAAAGGUUUGUUCGCCCCAGAUAACAUCAAUAACAGCUGUUUGCCUCACUGUUUGGGGGAAAAGGGUUAUGUUUUUGCAUUUUAGAAACUUCUAUCCCCACGGGAGAUAAGAAGCAUCUAAAUUAUGCAGAUGUCUCAGCUCUCCUUGGUGCUUUUGUCCUCUUCUUCAAAGGUUGUGGCUUUCUUCGCUGUCAUGGUACAUAUAUGCUUUUAAAAAUGCUCCGAGCAUAUGUGUGUCAAGGAGCUCCAUUAGGCACAUUUUUAUGCAGCUGUUGAGAAACUCUCUUAUCUAAACAUCGAGCCUUUCAGCGCUUCACUACCAGCCGGCGCUGAACCUGAGCGUGCUCUCAGGUUUAUGACAGGUAAACCAUGUGUCAGGAACAAUAAAUCACGCACAUACGGCGCACUUUGGGCACCACGGGGCUGUAAUUUGUGUGUUUGACAGGAAAAGCCAUUCAUUUGAAAAGGGUUGAGGCGACAUAUCCUGUUAGCUUUGUUUCACACCUUUUUCCGCUGUUGAUCACUUUCAUGGGCACCUGAGCUAUGAGCUGUUUUAUCGAGACUAUCAUCCUGCUUGUGCUUAUUAGCGAUUUAAGCUGAGCUGUAGGCGGGCGGCCAUCAAGGUGAAGAAUUCUGUGGGUUUCCCAUUUACGGAAAAAUAAGUAUCAAACAACGUUAAAGUAAAAUUUUAGCCUGGGGAAAAAUUGAAUUCAGGUCAGUAAACACACCUAAAUGUACCCUCUUUAUCAAAUAUCCAACUUCUUGCUGCUGCAAUUUAAAAGGGCAGCAGGUUAGAGGUGUACCUCAUAACACAUUAAGACGAAGUGUGUCUUAUAAUUCAUUUCAAAGGCCUAAUAGCCUGAUAUGCACGAUUAGCCACUGGGGAGAAAAGGCAUUUAGACACGCUGCUAAAGUGGAGCCGCUUAUCCUGUAUCUGCUGCUGUGCUUUAAUAUCACCUAAUCUCACAUGCUUAGAUUUAAAGAAGUGUAAUUAGCAUCAGGAUUAGGCUCCAAUAUCUUUAUGGGAAAUCUAUCAGCUUAUAAUUAAGGUUACUUCGGCACAGUAUUUAAAUGAAAGUUUUGAUGAAACUCACAAUGACAAAACAAAAAGUUCAACUUUAAAUAACGUUAAUAGUUAAAAAAGGAAAACCAUGCAGUGAUUUCUUAGUACAUGAGAGUCAAACUAUUGCAUCAAAGAGACAAAUGUUGUUAGGAUUAACAUAGCAGUAGUAGAAAUGAGCGUAAAUUCCUGAGGGAAACUUCCUAUUUUCACUAUAAUGAAGAGUAAGUCUUUUAUAUUCAACUAAGAGGCUCUUUGAAAUGUUUGUCAUGAUUUUCACGGAGUCAAGGGUUUUGGCAUCUGGAUCCAUAAUAAGACUGCUAUUCCAAGGACAGAGUGUACAUCAUUUGUUAGUUUUACUCUCCGGUGGGAUUUCAUGAUAAUAAGGACUGUUUACACUUCAGAUAAAAAAGGAGCGCUACACAGACACAUGGCCAGCUCUCUCCUCUUGAGCUUCAUUAACAUGUUCUUCCUCUUACACUGACAGGAGCAGUGUUCGUUUUCCCCCCAGAGGCCCCGCUUCCUGAAAGGCCUCGCAGUGAAGGUGUGACGUACGUGAAUAUUCCUAUUAGCCCCACGUCCAAGAAGCAGCUUAACUACAUGGAGCUGGAGCUGCAGGAGCCGGGUCCCGGGACCUGGGGGACCGUUCCUCAUUUCCCACCCCAGAGUAAGGAUAAAUAUAAAAUAAGAAAGUCAGCAGCUGAAGCUCCUUGAGGAGUUUGUUCAGGUUUUAGACCGACACCCUCUACGUUUAAACUCCCUUUUAGUUUGUUCCCGUUUCAUUUCACUUAUAGUCACAGCAAAAGCUGCUAACGUACCUGUCACGACUACAAGUACGUAGGGUUGUUACUGUACAGUAGUACGCGAAUAUUACUUAUCCAUGGAGCAUCAGGACAUCCCAACAUUUUCAAAAUUGAUCAGAAAAAAGUGACUUUUUUUAAACCAAUCAAAGGACUCGAGAAAAAAAAAAAAAAAAAAAAAGACAUGGUGGACAUGACAGAACGGACCCGUAAAUGGGAUUUAAAGCUUUUUCCAUUAAAUUGAAAAUGACUUUGACUGCUCCAAUCUUUACAGUACGUAGUCUACAAGUCUACAUGUAACAUAGAGCCGUAGCUGAGUCACUAACCUCGAGCCUUAGCUUAGUCUCGGGGCUUCAAAGUCAUAAAAAUGAAUCUGAUUUGAGCCCCCAUUCCUACCAUACUCUUCAAGGUCUAGACCUGCUGUCAUACUCUGAUCAUCCAGGUCUCUGUGUCUUUAAGGUGUGCUUCUAGUUUAGUUAUCAGGUUAGUUUCCUCUGGCUCCAUUGAAAGGUAUAAUUGAGUAUCAUCUGCAUAACAAGAAAUAUUUCUAAAUUGUUUCCCCUUAUUACUAAGAGGAAGCGUAUGAGGUGAAAAUAAUCAAGAGUCCGAGCACUGAACCUUGUGGAACUCCACAGCUGAUGUUGCUGCUUUAUCUUGUAACGCCAUAAUUCUUAUAUAUUUAUAUUUUAUACUCGUGGCAGAAUUUAACAAUCAAGCAGAUACAAAAUCCUUUUUUAUCAUGAGACACAAUUAUAAAGUGGAGUUGACUUAAAUUAUUGCACAUGUAUCAGGACUGGAUGAGUCAUUUGAAUGCAUUCUUAUUCAGAUCCUUGGUCUUUAAAAAUUAAUGAGGAUUUCAGUUACAGAGUCUUAAAUUAAUUAGAUGUAGGCAUGUUUUUAAUGUACCGUUUAGACAUGAGAAUCCAGGUCAUGUGCUGAUCAAAAGAGACCUCAGUCCUGCCCUUAUGUUCCCGCCUCAAUUUGUCUGAUAAAGACUUCUCAUUAUUGCUCCUGUUCUGGUCUUUGCAGCAUUGUAGGAGAGCUUUAAAGCUUCGAUUGCACUGUAAUUUUAUUUUAUUCUUCCGAUUUGAAGGACCUGCUCUCUUAUUUCCUCGUCUCGCUAAACGACAGCUGUCCUUGUCAUCGGAGACGCAGAAACGAUCUGUAAUUGACAGACAAGUCGGCUAUUAGCGUCAUUGCCCCUCAGGAAUACGAGGACCGCUCCGGCUCAAACAUGAUAGAGGUUAAUAUCUGACGGCAGCCGCACACUUUAAAUCCCGGCAUGCGGCUCCAUUAAUCUGUCACCUGGGAGGAGGGGGGUCCCAUCUCGCCACUGAAGGGGGUCACAGGGCAUUCAGAUCGCAGCUGGGAAUUCACUGGAUGGAUCCUCCUCUGGGGCUAUUGAUGGUAUUGUUAGGAGCUGGGUUUUGAUUUCCUGGACUCUACCGCACAGUGGAGGAGGAGAAAAGCGGAGCAGUGAUGCUCAUUUUUGUGAUCUUCAUGAAUAUUCUGAUUCGGCAAUUAAACCUUGACUCGCUGCUUUUUUUAAAAUUUCCCUCUAUAAGGAAGGGUGCUGGAUUAUGGCAAUGCUUGUGAUGUGCGUAUGGAAAACAGUACAUGAGGGGAAUUUUAAUGGCUUCAACUAAACCAUUUGCAUAUUCUCCUGCUUCAUGUCAUGAUGCAAAGCAAAACUUUUAGACGUUUUUUAAAAGAGGACAAAGAUCCUCUUCCCUCUGAACUGUGCUAAUGCUUUUGCUGACUAAUUUUCUUCAACAAAUAAUGUAAAUAUGUGAGAAAUUUACCCAAUUUUCUGCAACUGUGCCUGAAAUCUUGACCUUUAACCUCUCAGGAGAGUAUUGCUAGCUGAGGUGGAAGGUCAGAUAGUUUAAAUUAGCACGGGGAGGAAUUAACAUCAUUGAUUAGCGAAGUGAUUUUCAGUCUCCACCUCAUAGACCAAGUCUCCCUAUCUGCAUGAUCUGCAGAGAAGCAGUGAAGUGCAUCCACUGCAGGACUAAAGGUCUUUGCACACCGGGACCGACGCAAAUAUCCGACACGAAAUUAGGAAAUAUUCGGAGGCAAAUUUUUUGAUGCGCCUGACUAUACACAUCGAGCCCGAUGCGAUUUUGCGACUUUCCGGGGGAAAAAAAGACGCGUCCCGGGUGGAAGCGAGAAGACUGACACAACAGCAGACUGACUGUUUUUCAGUUCUGAUUAGACUCUAGUGUUGAGAUGUCUGUCUGUCAUGAUAGCAUGUACUGAGUCGGGGCCAGUACCAGAUAAGCACAUUAAACUAUAAUCCAUAAACGUAAGGUAACAACCGAGACCUAAUGGUGCUGUGACAGCAACGUGAUUGAGUUUGAGACAGUGAAAAUACAUAUGGCAUGUUGUAUCUGAACAGGUUAGCUAAUCAAUACAGCAAAGCAUACAGGAUGCAUAUCGGCUCCGUCGCAGCAUUGUAUCAAGAGCAGCACUGCUCAAGAUAUGCGGCAAGUCUAUUUUUGCUGCUCUACGCUUGCAAUGCGCAUCAAUCCACACAGAGAAAAGCGUCCUAGACAGGAAGCCAAGCACGAAAAACCACGCAUGUCAUCUGGUAUUUUCAAAAUUAAACACACAAUGCAGAACAAUCUUAUGGUCAAUCCCUGAUCCAUGUGGACCCCAACAGGACUUUUAACUACUAACUCUGACUGAAGGUAACAGCACAGUAUAAAGGAAUGUAGAUUACUGUAUCAAACAAGAGUAAACCUGCAAAAACUGAAACUUUAAAACCACGUUGCUUUUUCACAUACAGUAGAGGCUCAACAGUCACUGAAUUGUAUCCAGAUUAGCCGGAAAAAGACCACAGAAAGGAAAAAAACAACCUGUUAUGAGCAUAUUGUUUCCUCUAUACUGAGCCCAGCUGACCAGGGCAGCACUAUGCUCCUGCUACACUCCAAAUACACAUCCUGUAUGCAAUACCAAAUGCUGCUCUAUGGAGCAAAUACGAAACGUGCUCAAUACGGAUCCUGUAUGUUUCCGACUUAAUAUCACCCCUUAAGACCUCAAAAUGAACUUUGUACCACAGUGUUUGCAUUAGUCAGCCACAGCACAAGCAGAUUUUCUGGCCAAACUGUUAUAUCAUGACAUUUACAGCCUGUUUUAUUUCUAAAGUUUAAAACUUCAAUCUUUGGAUACAGCUGUAUCUGCUGCCAGUUUUGUUGGAGCAAACAAGAAUUUCAGCAUGUUACUGACGUAUUUUUCUGCACUGGUUGUCUUCUGACUUGAAAGUCUAGAACAAAAAUCUCCUUUGUGUCUUGACAGGAAAAAGCUCCACAAAGUACGCCCAAAUCGACAUCACAGCUACAGAGACGGCGCACAAAGUGGGCACGCAGCAUGCCCUGGGUCGGCAGGAGGGCCUGCACACUCUGGAGCUCAGAAGGAAAGGGACGCCACAUUGACUCUUUUAUCACUAAAACUGUUGAUCUCAGUUGGAAAUCAGAGGAAUACAAACUUUUGUAAAACUCCCAAGACACAUGACUGAGGUGUUUUGUUUUGUUUUUUGAGUCCACACUGUUCCUCAGAGAUUCACUUUGGGAUUUUUCUCUAUCUCUGCGGUGUCUGCUCAACGCGGAUAGUUUCAGAUACUCAAAGACGAAGACGAGUGCCUCCUGAUGUCCAGAUUAACACAUGGCCUCUGUAAUUACAGAACAGCUCAAAGAUGGAGUCUACUCCAAAAGGUUGGGCACAGGAUGGAGAGCAGCAUUUCAAUCAUCUCAUUAAAUGGCAUCAUGUCAGAGCGGCAGCCUCAGGCAGACACGGAGGAAGAUGUACCAGUGCUGAGCUGAGUCACUGGCACUGAUAAACCCCUAAGAGCAGAAGCUUUUCACAACCAACCGGGGCCAUCUCCCAUAAGGGGAGAAGGAAGAGAUGUUGUUUAGUCUCAUAAAGAGUUCAUAUUUAUUUAGUUGGAUCAUUCAUUCAAUAGUUUUUUACAUAUUUGGUGACACUCUCCAUCCAGUUUGUUGGAUUUCUAUUUGAAUAAUUAAAAGACACGAUCAUUGUUUGUCUAACAAGAGCAGGAUAACUGAUGGCUCGGCAUAAUUCUUUAUAAUCAUGUGGAGCAUAACUCAUGGAUCAGUGUUUAUAACAGGAACAAUGUCUCAUCAGUGCUUUGUGCUGUUUUUUCUGCUCUGUGUUAAUACAGAAUUGAAUUACACUGAAAAAGUCGUCAUUAAUAAUGCAGAGCGUAGAAAAAAACACAGUUUUUCUGAGUCACCCGACCGCAGCAGAUGUGCCAGACUGUGUGGCGCUCAUGGCCGUCAUUCUUUAAAAUUAUAUAUUUGUAAAAGCUAAAAGUUUGACUUUUUUUCUGAACUAAUUAAAGUGUUAAAAUUAUUCCUAACUUAGUUUUUAUUUUAUAGAAACAAUUGAGUAGUCCUUUGCCGUAAAUGUUGUUUCUCAUACUCUACUUAAGAUACUUUUAUUUUGAUAUCUGUAAAUACAAUUUUCUGUCUUUAUAGAUGAUGUGGAUUGUUAUGAAUUACACGUGAGAAAUAAUGAAUGUACAGUAAACAUUUAUGGAAAGAGUUUAAGGACAGUAGCUCUUCCUAUGGGCCUUGUUUUCUUGUAAACCAUAAAUUAUUUAUAACUUCUGCUUUGAUGCCAGUGUAGUAUUUCUCCAGCUACAUUAGAUUAUAUCUGGGAUUCAUCCCUCAUGUACAUUUGUAAACCAGUAUAUUAAAAUACAUAAAGCCUCUUUAACAAUAACAGUGUUUGUUUUCAUUUCAAUACUUAAGUUUUGCUUUGCUUUUAAAUGACCUUGAGAUCACUUUUCUUCUGAUUAUCUUGGACUUGCUGGUGGUAGCAGACUUGGUGUCCCUAUUCAGCAGCAUUUUCCAGCUUCUUCUCAGGAUCCUAAGGCUCUCCAGGUCAGAACGGAGAUGUUAUUCCUUUAACACAUUCUGGGUCUCUCCUGAGAUUUCUCACCAGCUGGAGAUCCAACAAUUGGAAGAUGAUUAGAUACCAGAACCACAGUUUCUUCAUCGACUUUGAACUCUCUAGGUGUCCCACCAAAUCUCCAACGUGAAUUCCAUUCUUUCGGUCACUAACCAAAGCUAACAACCAUGAGCAAAGGUCAGAGCAAGCAUCAACUCAGU